AUGUCAAAGCCCCAGAAAAAGACGUCUGCCGCUCAGACCUCUAUUAGCAGGUACUUCGGGGGACUGAACAGUAAAAGUGCCUCCAACCUUCAGUGUGGGAUUAACCCAAAUCCUGCACAACACCAGCUUUCAAGAGGCAAGGUGAGGUGUGCACCAGCAAACAGACCUCACGCGCAAACUUUUGCAGAUCAUGCAUGUACAAACUCUAAGUCCUAAAUCGCUGCUGCUUUUAUCCUUCAGCAGAAACUUCCUCCUGAUGAUAAUUUAGGACUGCCAACAAAACGGGCCAAGCUGUCUUUACAAGGAGAGGUAGUGGAGGAGAAUUUAAACUGUGAGACUUCUUGGCAGAGCAAUAAAGGUAAGAGCUUUACACAAGACCUUUACAUCUAUUCUCAACCUUUAAAAAGUAUCACAUUUUCAGCUGUCUGGAUAUCAAACAUCCAACACUUAGGAUUGUCUUUCAGUAUCUUACAAAAGUGAGUACACCCCUUACUUUUCUGCAAAUAUUUAAUCAUAUCUUUCAUGGGAUAACACCAUAGAAAUGAUACAAACUUUGAUACAAUGUACAGUAGUCAGUGUACAGUUUGUGUGACAGUGUAAAUUUAUUUUUCCCUAAAAAUAGCUCAACACAGAGCCAUUUAGAUGUACAACAAAAGUGAGUACGUCACUAAGUGAAAAUGUCCAAAUCAGCCCCAAAGUGUCAAUAUUUUGUGUGGUCACCAUCAUUUCCCAGCACUGCCGUAACCCCCAAAGGCGUGAAGUUUACCAGAGCUUCACAAGUUGCCACUGGAAUCCUCUUUCACUCCUCCAUAGUGACAUGAGCUGAGUGGAUGUUAGAGACCUUCCUUUUAGGAUGCCUCACAGAUGCUUAAAGGGGUAUUCCAGCGUAAAAUUAAUUUAGUGUCAAACACACCGUAACACUGAGUUAGACACCCCCUUCGAGAGAUAAAUGUUGCCGACCGCUUACUUCUCUAGUUAUACCAACUUUAUGAAUGAACACAGGAUAGCGAUACACAGCAUUCUGAGGAGUCAUAAACAAACCUCAACCAACACGCCACUCUAUAGCCAUAAAUAAUGCUCAGAACAGCACCUAACUUCAUCAACAGUAUACCAUAGACUGUGGACUAUGGACAACUUGGUUCCGCCUACCGCCAGUAUACAGAUUUGAAGCCAAAUAGCUCUUGGCAUUUCCAGGAUAUUUCUUCAUUUCCUGAAACCAGCGCUGCGCAGUAGCGAUGCGCGCAUUCGGCCGCGCAGUCACAGAGAAUCGCUGUGAUGACGCUCGGCUCAAACAGCGUAUCCCCGGGAGAGCUACUCAAUCCCUCAAAGCCCAUAGGCUGUAUCAGGUGUCAAUCAUAGAAAACAUGAACCCCCUAAUAACUUUUAAAAACGGAGCUUCACCGAAAAAAGAGGACUUGACCACAAACCAGUCUGACAAUAACUACGUCAACAUCACAAGCCACAGCACUAGCCACCAAACAUCUUUUUAACUUUGCCUAAUUUCUUCAGCAAAGAGACUAAACACAACUCACCUACUCUCUUCCAGCAGCUGCUCGUUUGUAGCGAGACCUUGGGCCAGUCCAUUAUGGACUGCUGCGGGGUGACGCAGCUCAAGGAAGAACAUUUAUGAUCAUUUCUUCAUGGAAAUGCAAUCUGACUGAGACGCUAAGGCAGAAGAACUACCACAUCUGCAGGGCAAAAUGAUAGAUAUGGUGAUUGUUACUUCAAGGAAAUGAUAAAGAAAUGAUUAUACAUGUUCUUCCUUGAGCUGCAUCACCCCGCAGCAGUCUGUAAUGGACUGGCCCAAACAAACUACAAACAAACAGCUGCUGGAAGAGAGUAGGUGAGUUGUGUUUAGUCUCUUUGCUAAAGAAAUUAGACAAAGCUAAAAAUAUGUUUGAUGGCUAGUGCUGUGGCUGGGACCCUAAUUAGGUGUUAAAUGUGAGGGGUGUACUCAUUUUUUUGAGAUACUGUAUAUGCCUCAUAAACAUGGAGAACUGUAUUUUCUCUAAAGGGACAAUGUCAACAUUGCCUAAGGGUGCAGGCGGCCUCUGCUCCUCCACCUUGGAAAAGCUAAAAAGUUUCAGUGUUGUGCACAGUGAAACUCAAAAGGAGGAAAAGAGGACAGAGGACUCCGGCAGUAAAAUCUGUGAGCAAGGAAGCAGCGUGAAGCCGCCACUGGACAAUACAGAUCCGUGCAGGAUUAAAAACAGGCCACUGCGGAUUGAGGACAAGAGUGAGGAUGGAGAGGAGGAGGACAGUGAGCCAGGGAGUUCAGGGUCAGCUGCAACUAAACAGGUACCUAAUAUAGAUGUUGUUCCCUUGGUCCAAAUCAGCUGGGGUAAAAGUAGGUCAAAACCUCCACCUUUAUCUUGUCACUACUCCCAAGUCCCUUUAUCUCAAGUAUGUUUCCAAUUUGACAUAUUAGUAUCUUUGCAAGCUAUACAAGUGGUAUCCUAAGUCUUUUAUUUUUGCUCUUUUUUAAAAAUUUCAGGAGUUCCACUUUUCUCAAUUUGCCAAGCCAGGAGGAAAAGGAGGAGGAAAAGGAGGAACGAGUGCAGAUGCUGGUCCUCCAAUAGAGUCUAGCACUUUCUCUCGACGUUCGAAGAGUGUGUACACCCCCCUGGAGCAACAGGUCAUCCAGCUGAAACAGCAGCAUAAAGAUGCCUUGUUGGCUGUGGAGUGUGGAUACAAAUACAGGUUCUUUGGAGAGGAUGCUGAGGUAAGCUCUGGAACCAUUUGUGUUUAGGAUCCUUUCCAUGGAAAAUUCACUGUGUGCAUCCAAAAUAUUGAAUGAAAGUCAUUGUUUUAAUCAGUUGUAAGAGAAAUUGUGGAUAUAUCAGCUGUUGAAUUGCAGAUUCAGAGUCAUUUCCUGUCAGGGACUUUUCCCUUGCAGUGUUUUUUUGUCCCUCGUAACACAUUUCUGUUUUGGAAUAACUGUUAGUGAGGUUAUUAGUUAUUAUUCUUUUACCAUUUUCUCUUAACAUAUUGAUCAUUCCUGAAGUGUAAACAAACAUGAUUUUAAUCUAACACUCACUCUUGCUUGUGUGUUUUCGAACAGAUUGCAGCAAAGGAGCUCAACAUCUUCUGUCAUCUGGAUCAUAACUUCAUGACCUGCAGCAUCCCCACACACCGACUGUUUGUUCAUGUCCGACGGCUGGUGUCACACGGACACAAGGUAUGACGCAGCUACUGAUUAGUAUGUAGAAGCUGUUUACACUUGUGUUGUUUCAUUAUGUCUAUCCUUACUCUUGAUUUUAGGUGGGUGUGGUGAAACAGACCGAGACAUCAGCCAUUAAGGCCUCAGGAGCCAAUAGGAAUGCGCUGUUCAGUCGUCAGCUCACUGCUCUGUACACUAAGUCUACCCUGGUGGGAGAGGGUAUCCUUACACACUGGAGAUAUCUGUUUGUAUAUUGUUAUUCAUAUCUACAUGUCUACUAUAUGUCCUUAAUAGUUUUUUAAGAUGUGAACCCAGUCUGCAGGCUGAGAGGUGAAGAAGAAGAGGGGGCCUGUGGUGACGUUGUGGCAGAUCCUCCUGACAGUUUCCUGCUGUGUAUCAGUGAGAACUGGGACAAACUAAAGAAGCAGCUCACUGUAGGACUGGUGGUGAGUCUGAUGGGAGUUAUUCAGUCAAAGUUGUGCAUGUGUAAAGACAAACUAUUGGUUGGGGAGUUAGGUUUAAGCAGAUUGAUGUUUAUUUCACAAAUAACAAUUCAAGCUAAAUAACAGCUUAUCUUUGCAGCUUAAAAAUCAAGUAAAAUAAUUUUUUAUUUUGAUUAUUAAAGGACCUGAAACAGCCUGUGAAAAACUACUGCAGACCUUUCUUUCUUUGUGCAUUAAUUUCAUAUGUGUGUUAUGAUGCAGGCAGUUCAGCCUUCCACUGGAGAUGUAUUACUGGACAGUUUCCCUGAGGGUAAGGCCCGCUCUGAGCUGGAGACUCGGGUCCUAAAGAUCAACCCUGUGGAGAUCCUUGUGCCCUCUGACCUCUCAGAACAAACCCACAAACUCCUGCAGAGUAUUGCCAAUGCAAGGUAAGCCCCUGUCUUAACACUAGAGGGUGGUAUGCAUCCAUUUACUACACAAUGGUGUGUUCUCACCAGUGUUGAAUUCUGCUCUUUUACUCUGUGAAUUUGAGUGAGUGCAUUUCUUUCUGAAUCAGGAUUACAGUUGUUUUUGUGGAGCCCUCUGGACUCAGCCAGCAUGAGGAAAUCAAUGUCAGCUCUUUGAGGUUAUUUGACAAAAACUCUAAGCACUCUGGUUUUUCAAUGCAGUGCUACACAGGGUCAAGGCAAGGUCUCACCUUGGUUUGUUUUAUGUGAAAAGGUCUUACUCCCACUUUCUGAACUAACUAACUGAAGUUGUUAUAAUACAUACUCAACAGUGAAAAACUGUUUUUAAAGGACACAUAGACCAUUAUGAACACCAGGAGAGUAACAUGGUAAAGUUAUCCACUGGCUCAAUAGGCUCUGGUGUGGUAAAAUGUAUUUGUGAGUUGUGGUUGUCCAAUGUCAUUUUUUCUUUGGCAAAUACCAAUAAUGAGGAAGGAAGUUGGCUGAUUUUAUACUGUUAGUAUUGUACUGACAAAAUAACAUUUUUUAACAGUUCUAUUCUCAAGUGAACAUUUUAUCAGAUAAAUUAAGAGAAGGUAAUAUUUGACUCACUAGAAUACCACCACCAGACUCUUUUGGAUUUCUGUCCAACACUCAAAGUAUUAUGAUAGAAAAAAAUCGGGCAAGUAUCUUGAAUAUAAAAAUAUAAAUAGAGAGUCAUGUAGAAAUCUAUUAUUCCAUGCACAUUAAAAUCUAAUCUAAUAGCAACAUGUUAUAGGACUUUGUAUGAAUUAAUGGAAAUAAAAAUACAUGAAAAGAGAACUACACGAGGUUAUGUUAUAGAUUUCAGGACAUGACAUUUUUUAAACAGUGUUAUUCUUUUGAUCAUAACAGAGUUUAUGAUAAAAAAAAUUGCAAAUAAUAUUUUAGAUUGGAUUUGUUGUCAUAUAGGAUGGGGAAAGGUGUUUCAUUUAGCAAGGCUAUCGGUGAUAUUGGCAUUAUGGGGGCAAUGCUGAUGUGAUGCAGGUUAUGUCAAAAUGCCGUUAAUCGGUCAGUCCGGUUGUGAGCAGUACUUUUUACUCACUGCAGCCUGACAGUGAAGAAUACUGUGUAAAAAACUGAAGGAACAUGUCCCUCUUUCAAAAUGACUGUAGAGCAACAUGUCAUGAAAAAUAAUACACUGAAUUAUUUUCUAGUUGUGUAAUACAAAUUUCAAUCUUGACUAAUCUACAGGUAAGGAUCAUACUUAUAAUACAGUCAGAGUUGAUCACACUGUAUUUAACUUAGUGAAACACCAGUUCACAGAGUCUCCAGGUAAACAAUGUUGAAUUGUUUUGUCAAGUGUGGCCAGCAGUCCCAAAGCUAGUACCACCAGCGGGCAGGUAAACAUAUACAAGCCUGUGAUGGUAACACAUUGAUCUGAAGAGGCAGUCUGUCAUCUGUGCUUCUUUAUAUUCCAGUAGAAGAGUGUUGUUGUGCUAUGAUGUUAGCUAUUUACCAGGUCUACACCCCUGGCUAGUGGCUGGUGCUUGUGCUACAGCUUAGACACAACAUUUGACCGGCACUUUGGCCCACAAUAAUCAAACCGUAAAUCUGAAGCACAAAGAUAGGCUGGCAGAUAGAGUCUUUAUGGUAAUUGAAACCAGUUCAUUUGACUUACAUUUGAGUGUAAAAAGGAGAAAUAAGAAAUAAUAUGACAUGAUGGGGAGUUCUCAGGUAGUCCACCUGAGUUCAGAUAGCUUUUUGCAACUUUCUUUUCACUGUGACUCAGUAGGGAGACACUCUCCAGGGGUGCACACUUGAUGUUCGCUUAUUUUUUUCCCAACUCAGACAGCCUCAGAUACAAUUUGAGCUACAUUUUUCGAAGAAAAUGACCAUUUCAAGACAGAUCAUCUAACAGCUGGUAUAAACAAGAGGAAUGUGUUUGCAUGCAAAAUCCCUUUAUUAAUAAUACAAAUAACUGGGCUGUGUUUCAAAGAGAGGCUUCAAAUCAUGUAAAUCUAGGGCCAGGCAAUAUGGGAAAAAGUUUAUCACCAUAUUUUUUUUUCGUAUCAGUCGAUAUCGAUAUAUAUCAGGAUAUAAAAACUGAAAUUUAACAGUGCUUAUUGGUAGCAUGUCUUUUGCAAUACAACAAGCUACAGCAUCUGUGAGGUCUUCGUGUCUCUGACGUUUUGACGUGAGGCGUUGCGCGAGAGAAAGUGGACUGAAUGGUCGGCUGUUUCGGCUGCACAGGCACCACGGGCUCCUUACUCCACUUGGGUUUGUGACCUUUUGCAGUGUGCAUGUUCUGUGUGGCACUGCUUCAGGUGGUGAAAAAGAUUUGAGGUAUUCCCCGACUUUGUGAGAACAUGUACUCUGACAUAAUUUUCAGUGCACAUUACUCUGCUCCAUGUCCGACCUCAAAAAAACAAAAUACCUCCACACCAUCGACAUUUUCAUGCCAGUGUUGUCAACAAUGUCGUCAUCUGUUGAGCCUUCAUCUGCAUUUCUGCCAGGAGUAGCACUCAUUUUCUUCUUUUCUCACUAAUAGUGCUGUCGGCUUCAGGUGUUAAAGUGCCAUGGUUGCGUGUAGCUGCAGCCUGCUACUACGAAGUUGUUUACUACUUGGUUCUAAUUCAGCACAUUAUUGGUUCAGUGCGAAGCAGACCUGGAGCAGCUCCCCUUUUCAUUGGCUAUUUGUAUAGUCUACCAAAACAUGGCAGAAUGUCGACUAUCGAAAAUGAUAUUGACCAUGUUUGAUAUUAAUAUUGAGGGAAAUUAAUUUUCAACACAUACUGUAUAUUGUUAUCGUUUUAUCGCCCAGUCCUAUGUAAACCUUUACUUAAACACAUUGCUGAGUAUUUACACUACAGCUUACACCAUCAUUGAAAAUUAUUACAGUCAUUUAGCCGUAGUAAAACCAUCAUGAGCACAGCAUGAGCCCACAGAGUACAACAGGGAGUCGACAGCUUUGAUGCUGGACUAACAAGCAUCAGCUGAGUUGCUGAUACAGAUACAGUUCACACAUAACGCGUCAGGCAGCUGUAUAAACUGCAAGAUCAAAAAGAGUUACACAGCUUGGCCUUUGUUCAUCUGCUGACUAACAGAGGCAGCGACGGUGACUAUAAAGUGAUGUACUCCAGAAACCUGUUGCUUCUGAUGUGUUACCAGCAAUCUGCACCCAGUACAUUCACAACAGUGGAGACGGUUCCUCUGGGUCUACAUGUGAUUGCAUUAAGCUGUGAAAAUGAAACGAAGGAGUGGAAGGGGAGCCGAGCGGAUGUGAUUAGCAAGAGGUGGUCGGAUAAAUGGAAGGGAUGUCUGCUACCGUCUUCCUUCUUAGUCUUUGACUCCUUCAUGGUCCACAUUUCUCAUUUUCCUUUCUUUAUUUUCCUUUUUCGUUCCCCCCUCUGUUUAAAUUUCAUCCUAGGAAAUUGGGUUCAUUUAUAUUCAUGCCUUCCUUUUCCCCUUUAUUUCUGUCUCCCUAUUCUCCUUUUCUUCAGCACCCCGUGUUGAGUGAUAAUAGCAGAGAUGGGCCUGUAAAGGCCAGUCCAAUUAUUGUGUUUGAACAGCACUGCUCUCUAGCGUUGUGCUCUUCAGAGACAAGACUCCUCUCAAUUUGUAGCCUGUUUCAUAUAAAUACAGGGCACAUUUGUCAGUUCAGCUCAGACAGAAAAUUUAUCACGUUUCUGCACACACACACAGAGAGCUCUUUAUGUUAGAUCCUUCCAUUUUGAAAACUCCACAGAUCGUCUCCUUUGUUUUACCCCCUCAUUCUGGGUGUAUUAGACUGAGAAGGAUGCCUCUGUGAACUGCAUAAAUGUUACAAAAUAGAUGUUUCAUGCAUAUUUGCUUUAUCACACUAACCCAUUAAAAAUGCUAAGAAUGAGCUGAAGUGAACGCUGUAAAAUAGGAUUUUUUUGGCUGCUGAUGUAAGCCCCACAUCUUCAGCAUCUCCUGGGAUUGCGAGACAGGCCCCCUGGCAACAGGAUUUAUGUGUGUCCAUGGAGCGGCAGGUAAUGAGUCCCUGGGAGGUUGAUGGUAUCUAGGGUGCAGUAUUGGUUGUUUUACUCAUCCACAGCCUGGAGUCAUGAGUCAAGAUCAGAGCAGUGUAGGGGUGAGAGAGACUGAAAAACUCUGGCUGAUGCUUUUGACUUAAAUGACCUCAUGUUUCCACUUUUUGAAAAAAUAAACUAAAUCUAUGACAUACGCUUUUUGUGUCAAUAUAUUACAUCCUUGGUGCAUGAAAGGCCUGAAGUCACGCCUCUGGAUGGAUCUCUCUCACACACGCUUUCACACAUGAGAAGACUUAAUUUGUUUAUGUAGGACUAGAUUUGAUUGGGUACUCUCAGAGUCCAAUAUUCUCCCUGAACUCAAGGACCUUAAUCCGUUGUCCACGGUAACCUCUGAUCCACGGGUCGUCACAUCUUGGCUUCAGUAUUUGACCAUCCAUGUUUUUGAUUGAUUAUCACCAUCACAGUGCUCUUAAAUCAUUAUUCAAGGAGUGGCAUUUUUGUCUUUAUACUGUCCCUUUUAUAGCCUCUUAGUAGCAAACUCUUCACAUAUUUCAGGCCGCUGCCUUUGAAAACUCUCAUUUCAGCCUCUGUCUGAGAUGCUUGAUUUAAGCCACUGUCACUUUCAAAUGGACAACGAGAGUAUCUCCAAAUCUAUGUCACAGAUUUAUGGACAAUAUUUGAAAGUAUUUUUUUGUCUCCUGAGGAUGGACCUUCAUGACUUAUAUGGCCCCUUUUCAUCCUGUAAAAGUCCAUUUCUUUGACUUUUAAGUAUAGCAGCUAUCUCCUCAACCAUUGUGUGGACUUUCAUGAAAAUUUGAACAGGCAUGCAUUGUCCCAAGAAGAUGCAUUGUAAUUAUUGUGGUUUUGUCUAAACUUUUCAUUUUGCACCAUCAUGUGGUCUAAACUGUAGCUUGUAAAAUACUUUUAAUUUGUGACCAAAUACUUGCAAAACUAGUAGCAGUAGCUCAUUGAUGUGAUUGGUGCUUAAAAACCUUACUGUACUUAGCAUCUAAGUGCUAGCAUGCUAACUCAAUUAACUAUAAUUAUGACCAUUUAAAGCUCCUGUGAGGUACUUUUGGUUUGUAUCAGUUUUGGCACCUCCCAUGUGAACUCAGUAAUACUGCUAUACGUAAGCUGUAUGUGUGUGAACGUGGCCUUUUCAGACAAAUACCUCAUCCUGUUGUCUUUUAACAGUGAAAUCCAUCACUUAAUGUGGGUAUUUGCAAUGUAAACAGGUAAAAAAAACAUGCUUCUGUAGCUUGCUGUCAGUCAACUGAUUUAAUAGUUACUCCCUCACAGCAAUCCCAAUUUAAGGUCCUCUGCUGUGUUGCUGAUGGUCUUGUUUGCUUUUGCAGGUUGUUAAGAGACAUCAGUAUCCGGAUGAAUAUUGUGAUUAAUGCUGAUGCAUGGUGUGUUAACAGCAUUAGAUUGGUAUCCAACUUAAACAUGUGCAUGUUUAUGUUAAAUGGUUUACAGCCAGGUUCAUUAGCUGUAGUCUUCUCUUCAGAAGUUAUUUUUGAUGCUGCAAUAAUUCACGUAGAAUAAACAAAAUUUGAAACCCACAUUAUCUGAGUGUUUAUAGUUGUUAUUGAGAUUAACAAAGCCUUUAAUUUUGGCCAGAAUUAUAUAAAAACAUACAAACAUAUUUUCAUUUGUUUGCAAAUCUGAACCAGUAAUAAGAUGUCUUUAACUGUGAAAUUGAAACAACGGUAUAAUUCAGUAAACCCCAGCGUAAGGAGGGGUCCUGUCAGGGCUCUGCUGAUACAUUUCACUGCAGCAUCCUGUCCCUGAAUCAAUACUAGUGAUUGUCACUGGUCUUGUAAACCUCAUAAUAUGUUUCUUUGAGUGAUUAAAUGAUUCAUAGUCACAGUUUCACUGGAAACACAACAUGUAGCUUAUUGAUUAUUGCUAUACACGCUUUUAUUCCCAUAUUGACCAGUGAUUGAGGUGACAGAUGAUGAUUCUUUCCUCUGUGUAUUUGUGUGCGAGUGCAUAUAAGCAUCAGGAAACAGAGAAAAGAAAAUCUUUAACACUGCGUCCAGAGCCAUGUGUUUACCUUGGUUGCCCUGGCAACAACAGAGCAGACAAAGCAACUGAGUCCUUGAAAGUGGCAAUCCUGAGAAAGUGAAUAGAGCGUUAGGGGGAUGCGAUAGUGCUACAGGGGUAUGCAGGGAAAUAUUAUGUGUGUGUCUGUGUUUUGCAUCUGUGUUUUUUGAGUUGACUGUCACAUGUAACAAAGCUGCAUCUGAUUUUCCUCUCAGAAUAGAAUCUUAUUAAAGAUCUGAUGUUGGUUCACCUACAGUUUGUGCAGUAACAAUCACCUCUCACUCCUUGAAUCAGUGCCAUGUUUUUUUCUCCACCAGUGCUCAGGCGGAUGACCGCGUGAGAGUGGAGACGAGGGACAGCACAGAGUUUGAGUUCGCCUCUGCAAUGAAUACAGUCACAGAGUUUUACUGCCACGCCCAGGAGAAAGGUGUGUUUUUGUGUUUCUGUUUCCCUCAAUCUUAGACUCAUGAAUUCAGUGAUUCUGAGACAGCUAUUCUACUGGUAACCCUGAGCAUACCUUCAGAGAGCAUCUGAGUUUUCUCUGUUAAAGAGUAGUAUGUGCAUCUGUGUCCUCCAGGCUCCCGCUCUCUGUCCACUGUAGCGUCCUUGGAGAGCGCAGUGAUAUGCUGCCUGGGGCCCCUCAUCCAUUACCUUCAAGAAUUCAACUUGGAAAGAAUCCUAAGGAGUGAGAGGUACUUGUAAAGAACUGUAUGCACAUACUUACUGCACAAAACACAGUAUACAGUAGUUCAGCAGGUCAAGUCCAGUGGAACUGAAACAAACAGAAAGUAGUAUUUUUGUUAUUGGUAACACUGUAUGUUAGGGUCCUUGUAGUUCUAUUUCUUUAUCUAUCUAUAUGUUAUUUAUUGAUCUAUAGUUAAUACGCUCCUUAAAAGAUGUACAAGAUGCUUAUACACAUUUGUGUUAAUAAAAGCGUUAAAAGCACAUUUGUUAUUGCCUCCAAUACACUCACAGGCUCUCAUUAAAAACAUGUUAACAGUGUAUGUAUAUACCUGUCAAACAUCAACACCUUAAUCUUGUAGCGUCUACUUUAUGUGAAUAAAAAGCUUACUGAUGUAAAUGACAUAAAUGUCUCAUCAGCAAUAAUAAAUAUGUUAAUUAUGAUUUUAAUAACACUGAGACACUUGAAAUUGUAUAUAAGCAUCUUAUAAGAUAUUACGAGUGGCCUGUUAACUAUUAAUAAUUAGAAUUGAUAAUAGUUUGCAAGCUGCAGCUCUUUCCAAGAAGUAAUAAACGGUUUUAGUUUGACAGGGAUACAGGUAUUGCACCAUAUACAGUACAUUACAGUUCAUCUCAUGUUUUCAUUUCUCGCACCUUUUUUUCUCCUACACAUUUACAACAAAAAAGAUUAAGUCUUUUUUUUUUUUAUCAGAGAUUAUAUUCAUUUGAUCAUGCAGCUGUAUUAAAGCAUUUUUUUACCCCGCAGCUCAUUUAAACAUCUCUCGUGUACAUCAGAGGGAAUGACCCUGAGUGCAGCCACCCUCAGGAACCUAGAGAUCCUUAAUAAUCAGGUAAGAGAACACCUUAGCUGGUAUUUGUGGUCGCUGGUCGAGCGAAGUAAAGUGGAGAGGUGGGACUAAUGUUUGGAGGUUUUCACUGUAGCACAUUCCUAUAUACUGUAUAGGCUGGUUUACAAAAUUUGAUUGGAUAGAACAGCUGCUUUCAUCAUAAUGUCUGCGGGGUUUGAGAAAAAACUUAUAUUGUAGGUCUUUAUAAAGUACGACGGAGUAUUAGGACCAAAUUUAGAAAAAAAAAUGUAAACUUCGAGAUUAAAAUCGUUAAUUUACGGGAAUAAAGUCAUUACUAACAAGAAUAAAGUCAUAAUAAAAUCAUUAUGAUACUUAUGACAAUGUGGUGCCGAUGUGCCAAAAGAUUAAGUAUCUCCUUGUUUGAGAAAUCUAAAUUGAAGCAGGCCUACAUUCUCAUGAAAUGCUCCAUGGCUCUCAUCAUAACAACUGUCAUCUUAAACAACAGGUUAGAAUAUAAGGUCUUUAUUCUGACUUUAAUACCGUAUGUGAUUACUUUACUACAACUUUACUCUCUUAAGUAAUUACUUUAUUAUGAUUUUAUUCUCUAAGUAAUGAUUUAAUUACAACUUUAUUCUCGUUAGUAAUGACUUUAUUCUCGUAAAUUAAUCUCAAAGUCUUACAUUUUUUUUUUCUUAAUGUGGCCCUAAUACUCCGCUGUAAUAAAGGAAACUGUUGUAAAGGGGCAUUAUCAUUCUCUUCCUUAGUGUAGCAAUGCAUGGAGGUAGUAUGCUGCUCUCACAUUAAUUUUUAGUCUGUCAGUUUGUCUGAACUAUUAUGAUGUCGGGCUUUCUAUAUGAUGUGGCUAAAAUCUCACAUUAUAUACAAACAAAACGAUAAAUAUGUUAAACCUUACUCUUUCCAAUGAUAUAUGAUGUAAUAACAAAUAUUAUUCUGAGCAGUGCUUUGUGUUAUGUGCAAAUAGUCAAAUGUUGGCUUGCAAACAUGCAAGACCUGGAUGAUGAAUGCAGUAAACAUUUAUUCAGCCAAUCACUAGCAUGCUAGCAUUUCCAGAGUAAGCACGAAAGCUCAGCUAAUGCUUAUGUCAGCAUUGAGUCUGAUGCAGCCACAAAGAGCCGCUUCAGCAGACUGUGAUGUAUGUUGUAGAUCAGAAUUAAACCUCGAAUGUAUUUGUUUUCAAAUCAAGUUGUGUCCUCAGACAGAGAUCUGUCUCUGUAGCUGCUAUAUGCUCCACCAUGUUAACCAGCUUGUCGCUGACUGUGGCCAUCUGCUGUUUUGUAGUGAGCAGUCAGUGUGUGGUGUGUUUUAGAGCUUAAUAGCUGAAUAUGAUACUUUAAGAGCAGUGAAAGCAUCUCAGACCUACCAUGGGAUAGGCUGCUACAUGAGCCGAAAAUCAUCAUGAGGCACUCUAGCACAUAAAAGCAAAGAUAAAAGCAAAAUCCACAUAAGGAUGUAUUUUAUAUUUCAUUUUUAAAUGUGAUUCGUAUCUAUUCUUUCAUAUUAUAACAUUUCUGUCUCUGAUUACUUCUGUUUCUCUUGCAGAACCCUUUUUAUAGUUAUGGUUGAGCAACAGACUGUAAAAUUUCAAUCCAAUCGUUGUCUCUGCAAUCACAACUAAAUGUUCAGUGACUGUUCAGGCUUGUGUAGGCGCCAGCUCCAAAGUUCAGCACAUGUGGAGUUCAAACUCAGUUCAAGCCUCCUCAACCCAACAGCUUGUGGCUCCCAUGACCCCCCCUCCUCUUAUUUUUUUUGAACAUCAUAAUGAGGUUUGGGUAUAUUCAAGUGAUGCACUUAAACGCUGUGUUUGUGUGUGUCUUCUUUCAAUGACAGACAGAUGGCAGUGUGAAAGGCAGUCUGCUGUGGGUGUUGGACCACACUCGCACAGCGUUUGGGAAGAGAUUGCUGAGGAAGUGGGUGAGCCAGCCCCUCACAGACCCGCAGUGAGUACAGUACCGACCUCUGACGGAGCACGGCUGUCAGUGCUGAGCUGAACUGAUGCAGCUGCUCUCUCCUGCCUUUCAGCUUCACUGUGCCACUAAAGAAAUAUGAACAACAUGAGUUUAUCUGCUCUGUUGGCUAUCUAGGUCUUCCCUUUGCAGAAACUCCCUGAAUUCAGUGUUUAAGGCAGGGACAUCUUUACCCAAACUCUUUUACAAGCGUUUCCCUGCAUUGUGUGUCAAAGUUCUUGUGCAAACAUGAAGAAUCUGCUCUGAACAAACUCAAAGUGCUGGUCUGCUCAUGCUUUCACAGACUACAGAAAAAAACGCACAACUGCACGAAGGUCAAGACAGACUUCUUUCAAAUGACCAUGCAGCUUUACGUUUACUUUAUUGUGUCAGAAGGACAGGAAAGAGAGCAACCCAAUGACCGCAUUUAAUUACCUCCACCAAGGAGGUUUUGUUUUCGGUAGCGUUGGUUUGUUUGUUGGUUGGUUUGUUUGUUUGUUUGUUUGUGAGUUUGUUUGUCUGUUAGCAACUUUACGGAGAAAGUAACAGACGGAUUGACCUGAAAUUACUGUGAUCCAGAACACACAAAAAUAAGGGUGUCAUUGGAAUUUUCAAUGCUAAAAGAUAACCAAUGGGCGGCACAGUGGUGUAGUGGUUAGCACUGUCGCCUCACAGCCAGAAGGUCCUGGGUUUGAAUCCGGGUCAGGGCAUUUCUUGUUUUUAGUAUGGAGAGGGAGGGGGAGGGAGAGAGAUUAGGGAACGAGGGUGAGAGAGAGACAGGAGGCAGCAGGAACAACAGCAACAACAACAACAGCUCAUGUAAUGGUGAAACAAAAAGAAGUUCAGUUUACAGGUUUAGGAUAUGAGUGAUAAUGGACAAUGUUGAAUUAAUUGAGUGUGAUUACAGUUAGCAGGCUUAAUCGUAGUCAGUUCUAUUUUGUAUUAUUAAUGUCAAUAAUGACAGUGAGGCUGAUGUUCAUGUCUGCAGUAACAGUAACAGCAACAGUCCAGAGGAAUCAGAGAGAAGAAGGAGCUCAGGGCCGGGGGGGGGGAGGUCUGCGGCAAUGGUCCAGAGGAACCAAAGAGCCAAAGAGUUGGAGGAGCUCAGGGCCCAGGGUGGAUGCAGCUGGGGUCAGGCAGUUCCGCAGCAGACCUGUUUGCAGCAUUAGUCCAGUGGCAGCUAAAAGACUCAAUAUAAGGGGGGACAUGAGCUGCUUGGCGGAGGUCUGCGCUCUCCAAGUGCUUUUCUAGUUAGUAAAGUAACAGGCAGCUGGCAUUAUCAUUUAAUAAACUCAGAAUCAGGUGGCAUUUAAUGACCUUAGUGAUGUGCAUAAAUAAGCUUUAGAACACAGAUGACUUUUAAUAUUGGCUUGUUCCUGUCCUGUAUCUCCCUGUUUCAUUUUCUAAUGUUGAAUAUAAUAAUGAUUAUAUUUCUGAUUUGAGUUUGAUCAUUUAAAGUUAUUUUUUUGUUUGGAUUUAUAUAAACUUAAAAAUGUGAAAACCUCUUUUACAUCCUUGCAAAGCUGUUGUUACUUUUUUCGGACGCUGCUACAUGAAAACACCAAAUGUGUUCCUGAAAUCAAACUGCUAAAAACUGACUCACAACACUCCUGCUUCAAACAUCCUCUCUGUUCAGCUGGGCUAUUCCAGUCUUCUGACCUGCAGCGGAAUUUUAGUAUCCAUAUAUUGAUUUUCUUUGUGUGUGCAUGUGUGUAUAUAUGCUUGCCCUCUGCCUAUGUGAAGCACUCUGCCUCCCACAGUGGAGGGAUUAUAGCUGCGGAUUGAGCUCUGCUCUCAGAUUAUACAGAUAGCUCCCCUGCAGGAAUUUGACAUGAAUAAAACCAAGAUUACACCCUGGCACAUUAAUUCCAACACACACAAUGCAGCAGCACAUUGCAUAAACACUGAUGUAUGUGCACACACACACACACACACUCUAGCCCACACACGCCAAUGUGUCUUUUCUAUUACAUAACUUUGCAGGAUGAUCUACUUUUUGUAGUGCAUUCUUUGCAGAUGGUGUGUUCACAGAGUAAUUUGUAUUUGUACUCUUUGUGCUCACUCACAAUAAAUACAAUGCUUGAUCUGGGGCCCUAAGCUUUCUAAUAUGACAGGGUAGGUAAUCACUCCAACAUCAGGCUGAAAACACGCAGGCCUUCCUUUUUUUUAGUAAGAUACAAUCCUGGUGCAUAUCCCGGCCACACUUUCAGAUUACAGCCAGCAAAGAUAUAAAAAUACUAAAACAAAAUCUGCAGACCUUGUCACCUUGUCAAACCAACUUACUUUGGCAAACAUGCAUCAUUUUGAAUUUUAGACGUGUAGCAAUUUAUCAAUCAAGCAUGCUUUAAUUUUACCGCACUUGUCAUGCCCACAAAUGCAGCAGAAAUGUCAAAGUGGCAAAAAGAGUUCAAAGGUUUGAGAAAUUCAGCCUGAUAUAGAUAACAGAGUGUGAUUUUCUUCAGAGAUGACUGGAUUUUAAAACCCCAGCUGAUGGUUGAAUCUCUGUUGCAACUAAUCAGCAGCAAUUUGACAUUUAAUUGUUCUGAAUGUCUUUUCCGUAAUACUGCUCUUUUUAAUCAACACUAAUUCUGCUCUGUGAAUGACAAAUUCCUCUCGCUAGUGGCUGUGACUAAACGUUUAAUUUGUGUGACUUUGUUUCGAUUGGAUUCCUCAGUUUCUCUCUUUCGCUCCUUUCCUGCAUAAACCCACAGGUCUAUCUUAGAGAGGCAGGAUGCUGUGAAGGAGAUUCUUGAGUCAGACUCUACGUCUCUGAAUUUGGUCAAAUCUCUGCUGUCACACCUGCCCGACCUGGAGAGAGGCAUCUGCAGCAUUUAUCACAAAAAGGUACGCAAAAGAAAUAAAAAUAAGCACACACACACAGAGGUAAUGCUUUUUUCAUAACUUGGGUCUUCUUGUCCAGAGCUGUACCUGUUUCUGUCACUUAUGAUUGUGUUUUUUAUCAACUUCAGCUAGAAUCGAAGAGCGUGGUGGCAGUUAAAAAGCAUUAGAUUAGGAGCUAAAUUAGGAGAAUCUUCCCCAGGUGGUAAAAAUCACAGCCCCUUUUUUCCUGUUAUUUCUGCACAUGCAAUAAAAACAAAGAGUGUUUUCUCUCUUCUUGAACUCUCAUCCUUUUGUCUUUCUCAUCUCUCUUUUUUAUGGCGUGCUCUUGAUUAACAACAGGGAGCGGUCGCCUCGGUGGCUCUUACCUGAUUGUCCUACACAAUCUCAUUUCCCAUCGGAGCCAUUCUUUGAAAUGUCAGAAGGCUUCAUCCACUGGUGUGUGUGUGUCUGUGUGUGUAUGUGUGUGUGUGAGAGUGACAUACAGAGAUGAGAGAGCCACUCUGGUCUCAGCUCGAUGUCUUGUCUCAUGUUCAACUUCCUGACUCCUUCAUAUAUUGUCAAAGGGAAAUAAUCAAAUGUCAUCCAACACUCACACUCACACUUGCACUCGCACACAGGGACCUUAAUUGUCAUUUGGCCCGUCUGCAGAUAAAUGGCCCUGUGUGUAAUGGCCUGUGUCUCUAUGGCUCCAUUGACAUAAUGAGAGGGAGGACAUGCUUAUGGUCUGCAGUCUGUUUGGGUUCAUAACGGAGCAUCACUGAGGCUGCUGACACAAAGGACCAUUAAAAGUGCAGCGUGUGAUUGAUGCAAUAAACCAUAGUCAGUGUGACUCCCAUUAACCUCUAAUGACCUGGCACUAUCUGUGACAUCACUAAUGGCAAAAUGAAGUCAAUAUAAUCUAAAAUAUUACCUCCUUUUAGGAGUAAUUUUACGCAGAGCAUCGAUUGACCGUUUGGUUUAACGAUCUGGUUCUAUUUUUAAACACUGAUAGAAAGUAAACAUAGAAAACAGUGUGUGUGUGUUAGAUGAUAAACAGCCGGGGUUUCUCUCUGCAUAUAAAGAGUUAUAAAACAUCAUAACUCUCAUAACUAUACCGUGUUUUUGAAGUUCACCAAGAACUCAGUCUAUGUGUUGUUAAAAAGUGAUUCUUUAUUUUGCAUUCAGGUAUACUUCACUGUAAACCAUACCUUUAUAGGGCAUGGCAUGGAUGCUAUGGAUACAUCCUAUGAGACAUUUAAGGAAUAUUAAAAAACAAUAUUUUUUAUUUAUUUAUUUAUUUAUUUUUAUUAACCUUAUUUUGUCUUUAUUGUUCAGUUAGAUGUGUUUCACUCCUCCAGGUUCACAGUUGCGGAUAGCUCUCAGUUGAUGUUGUAGUAUUUGUGUGACUGUUAUGAGAAUGAACUCCGGGUAUAUUACUGACAUUUGGAGAUAGUAUUCCUCACUCACAGCCUUGUAUUUUGGGCUCAAUGUGAGAAAGUGUUGCUCUGCCUCUUCCUGCAGUGUGUCACACUGAGAGCAGAGUCUCUCCUCUCUCCUCCUUUGGCAGCCUGCUCUUUCUGUAGCGAUCUGUCUUUACAGUCAGACUGGACUUUCUGUGUCUGAACACAGUCAGGAUUUCUUUUUAGUUUUGGGCUUUUUAUUCAGCUCAGAUGAUCUUUUUGGGAUGUUUUCUGAUUUUGAUGGUUGAUAGCUUGGUUUGGUUGAACUGGGGGAGUUGUUGUGCUCCUGAGGCUGUCAAGGCCCAGUUAUGGGAUCCAACUAGAGCAUUUGGAGCAGCUGGCUGAGGGUGCUCCUCUCUGGCUUUAGGUCUUUGGGGGUGAUGUGAUGGUAGGUCUGGAGUGGAGUGUUUUUUUUAAUGUGGGUUAAAUUUCUGAGUUCUUUUUAGUCUCCUCAAUGCUGUAAAUAAGGUUCUUACACAACUCAGUGUGGGAAAACUCAGUUAUUGUCUGGUCUCAUUUGUCCGAGUCCUGAUUGAAUUUUUGUCCUCAGGUUUUCCUGCCAGAUUAAUUGUUUUUCUAAUACAAACAGAUUUUUUUUUAAUCCGGAUUUGAAUUGAGAUGUCAAAUUUGAUGUAUUCUCAGAUUGAAUAAAAGCCCAUCUUGGUUUGUAUUUCUCAUCUUUCACAGCCAUAUUGGAGCUUUCUGUGGAGCUGAUAUUGAGGCGGAGAUAGGUGUAGGUUUUGGUUUCUUGUUAUUUUGUAGUAUCUGAAAAUAAAAAAAUGACAAAAGCUUUUCAGGCUCCCGGACAGCCGAUUGAUUUUCCAACAUGCAGCGAUGCUGCAGGAGAACUCAUAGUGAUAUAAAGAGGAUGAAAACAAGGGAAAAACAUGCCACUGCUACAAACAUGAGGCAAGGGGACGGAUGCAGAAGAGUUAAUAAUACUGGUAGGCUAAUGGGCUACAGUCAAGUUAGGUCAAUAGUUCAAGGGCAGGACAGCUAUGUUUAUUUUUUGGUUGUUAAAAAAAACUGAAAUUUAAACAGAUAAAUGGAAUCCAGCCGUCAUUGUAAAGUCAAAUCUCCAUUUGGAAGCAAUGAUUUAUUUUCACACAUUUGUUUUCAUGCUAUAAAGCAUCUAUGAAAAAGGAGGUCAAAAAAAAAAAGUCGAGUUGUGUGAGGUCAACACAGUAGAGGUAAAACCCACAGGGGAGCCCAGUCAGCUUGUCGUCUUUGCUGAAAAAGCUGUUGGGAGAUCCUGCAAGCAUGCUAGGCUAUCAACUGCUGCAGACAAGGUCUGAACUCCCCCAUAAUUCAGGUCAUUAUGAGACUGUCAGUUUUACUUUUGUCAAUUCCUUUUAUUCUUAUUGUUUCAGCUGUACUUCUUUGUUGGUCCGUAUUUUUGGAGAGGAUGGUUUUUGCUGCAGUGUUUUGCUGCUUGUGCUGCUGCUAAUGACUGGGGUUUCUCAGAGCUCAGCCUGUAAUAGUGCAUCUAUCUUUAAGCUUGGCAGUUGUAACCAGUACAGAUGAGAUUUAAGGAUCUAAUCCGGCUUGCUUACAGCAUCCCCCAGUAACAACAUAACACACACAGACACACACAGAGACACACACAGACACAAAGGAACACGGAGAACAUGAUUUUCAUUUUGUCAGACAAAAACCUGAAGAACAUAUUUAUUAUUUUUGGUUUAUAAAUAAACAGUACAUCCUGAUAGGACUGCUGCCUACCUCCCAGUUCAGGUCAACCCUUUAAUCUUCAUCAGAUAUUCUGCAUGUGCUUGUUUGCGUGUUUCAGUCCUCCACACAGGAGUUUUACCUCAUUUGUAGCAGUCUCUCCCGCCUGGGGCUCGAACUGCAGGCUCUGCUCCCAGCCAUCCAGUCACAGAUCAGCUCAGGUCUGCUCCGAGGCCUUCUGUUGGACACUCCUGACCUGCUGGCUCCAUCCCAAAGCUUCCUAAAAGUGCUCAAUGAAAAAGCAGCCAAGUGAGUACCCCCAGCAGCUCAAAAAAGAGGGACUAUUUUGCAUGAGAUGCAAAAAAAAGUUGAGUACAAAAAAAGGGCUUGAAAGUCUCUGCAAUGCAGUGGAACACAGAGACAUAGUAGAAGGAAGAAACCAUCCAGGAAACUAAGAGUCAGCAGUUUCUAUGAAGUUAAACAGCACUGGUGUGUACACGAAGUAGUCAGGACCGAACUCAUGUUAAAGACUUGGGUCACUUGUGUAGACUCAUAGUAGUCUGAGGGAUGUAGAAUUUAGGGCUCGACUUGGAGUUACUUUUAAUGCAGAUUAAUUUUCCCUCUGACCUGCAGGGUUCCAUUAUUGAAUCUGCUGUGUGUUAUCUUAAAGGUCAGGGGAUAAGACAGAGCUGUUCUCAGAUCUGUCUGGCUUCCCGGUGCUUCAAGAAAGGAGAGAGCAGAUCCAAAAUGUCAUCAACGAGAUCCAGAACCAUCGCAAAGAAGUCCGUCUGACACUGAAGGCCCCGGCGCUUGAGUACACCACAGUCUCUGGACAGGAGGUGUGUGUGUGCAUGCAUGUGUGUGUGUGUGUGUGUGUGUGCAUGUGUGUAAGGCUCUCGGUGAGUGAUGCCCUGCUUUUUGGUCGUAAUGAGGAUGAUGUGGUGUCUUUGUGUGUAAGUCUAUGUACCAUUAUGCGUGUGUGUGUGUAUGUUUUUGUAUGUGUGUGUCAGUUUUAAUCAAGAGUUUCUUUGGUCUGUGCUUCUGUCUGGUUUAUUAAAGCCUUCCUCUUUUGCCCUCUUCAGUUUCUGAUUGAAGUGAAGAACUCACUGUCGUCCACUGUUCCCCGUGACUGGAUCAAAAUCAGCAGGUGAGCCCAAAGUUACAACACAUGCACACACAUAUCAGUGCACCAACUUUGACACCUACAUUAUAAUCUGGAUUAGGUCUGAAUUAUAUUUAUGGAUGGGUCGCCUCGGAUUAGGGUGCAUUAUACUGAUGGACAACGUAGAGGGAAGCAUUAUCUGUAUGACUUGGUCGAUAUAAAACUUCAGAUAAGAAUGAAAGGAACUGUGUAUUUAACAAACUUACAGUCAUGGAAAAUACACGUUUCUGUCUGUACUGGCACAUUUGUGGUACAUAUAACUCAGAAUCCAAUCAUUUUAUUAUGGAAGCAUUCUAAGAAUCUUGACAAAUAUCCAUAAAUUUUAACAUAUCCCAACUCAUUUCCAACUGUAUUUUUCUGAUAAUUCCAACUAUCACUCAUACCCAAUCAGAAGAGCCAGCCAAUUGUGCGCCCCAUAGUGCCGCACCUCUAAAGCGCAGUAAUUUAUUAGACAUAUAGGUGUCACACUGUGGAGUAUUUACUCUCACCUCCUAAGUACAACAUCCUCCCUAAAGGCAUUCAAAAAACGCUUAAUAGCUAUAUUGAUAAAUUGAGAUAUUGACCAUCUAUACUCGUUUCUUUUUUUUUUUCCUCCCUACCUCACCAGCACCAAUCCUCACAUACUUUCCUUGUGAAAGUUGUCAUGUCAAUUGUAACUCUUUAUUGUAACUCUUUGUACUGUAAAUAUAUAUAUAUAAGGCUCCACCUUUUGUGCUCAGCUUUUUAUGGAUUUACAUACAUCUCUAUGACUACAGUAUUUAACAGCAUAAGAAUAACAACAUUCUGCAACUUUUUUAUCCUAGAAAAUGAUAAAAUCUUCCAAAUCAGAGUGUGUAAUGCUUUGGGGUGUCACUUUUUUGACAAAAAGCCCUUAAAUCUGGCUGCUUUUGUGUUGUAUUCUCAGCACAGAUAUCAUGACAGUGUCACACACACAAAAAAAAAAAAAAACAGAGAGGAAAGGCAGGAGGUAAGAGUGAUAGUCAGCCAGACUGGGUUUAUUUCUGGAGUAAACUAUCUCUGAAUAUGGUGUUUCUUCCCUCUGGCCUGGCCUAUGAAUUCUCACCCUGACUUUACACUAUAGCUGUUGCAGACUUUCAAAUUGAAUUUCUCUGCUCCUUUUUUUAAACAUAAAUUAAAUGACAAGUGUCACUAAAAUUAUUUGCAGUUUGAAAAUGCCUCUCUAUACCUUCGAUCACUGUGUAAAAGGACACUCCUUUUGAGUCUUUUCCAUCGAAUGACCUUUCAGCAAAUAAAGAAGCAGACUUAAUAUUUGUGUUGGGCCAAUAUCUUUAUUAUAAAUCAAUAUCCCAGAGCCACACAGUUUUUUCUUAGCUGUCCACACAGUAACAAGCUGAUGAUCACAGCACAGCGCUGAACAGCUAAGGAGCAGAUAUUUCCCCUGAGUGUUACAGACGAGCAGAACAGCACUAAAGGGAAAGUGAAUAUUGGACUUUAAUUGUCAGGUAAGUUUAACAAGAAUAAAAGGAUUGCUAAUAUUCACAACUGAUGAAGUCCAUUUAAUGAGCGGAUAACAUCCUCAUUAGCUCAGUCGGUGGCAUGUGACAGUCACAAGACUGUGGGAUGGAGUCUCCAUUUUAUAGAUAAAUGCCACUCAAGAAGUCUUCACCAAAUACAGAGUGGUUUACUUCCAAACUUUAAGUCAUCCUCUUCACCACCACCUCCUCCUCCUCCUCCUCCUCCUCCUCUUCUUCUCCACAGCACCAAAGCUGUCAGCAGGUAUCACUCUCCUUUCCUGGUGGAGCGCUACAAGAAGCUGCUGCAGCUUCGAGAGCAGCUGCUGCUCGACUGCCAGAGAGAGUGGACCAAUUUCCUUGAGUAUGACACAUACACACACACACACACUCGCACACAGACACACAUACACUUACAGCUGAUAGUGAAGUCAAAUGAAAGUACUGCUAUAAACGCCUAAGUCUCUGUCUGCAGUAAUUAGUCUGUUUUAGUGAAGCACACCAUCAGUGCUGUCUGCUCAAAACACAGAAUGCUCUUAUCUUAAUUUGCAUUUAAAAAUCCCCCCUCCUCCCCCCGGUCUCACCCUUCUCUCUCUCUGUAGUCAUUUUGGGGAGCACUAUCACUCCAUGAAAAGGGCCAUUAGUCACCUGGCAACCGCGGACUGUCUCUUUUCAUUGGCCGAGGUGGCCAAACAAGGAGACUACUGCAGGUGAUGUCCUCUCAUUCCCUUGAUAUCAGUGUACGUAUGUGGAUAUGUGAGUUUGUAUUUGUGAGUGGGAUAUUUUGUGUGUGAGUGUAAGUGCGUGUGUGUGUAUGUGUGUGAGUGCAUAUAUAUAUGUGUGUGUGUGUGUGGGUGUCCUGUGUCGUGUCCUAUAGUCUCAGACAGGCUGUGUGUAGGAGUGUACACCGGGCUCAGCAGCGUGCUCAGCCAGAACGCCAACAUCUCUCCCACUCACUCACUCACUCGCUCACUCACUCAAUCACUCUCACACACACAAACACACACACACACCUUUAUAUUGCUUUCUUCACCGUUUUGUGUGUUUUAGGCUUACUUCCAUCUUUGUCUUCAUGCUUCACUUUUCUCUGUAUUUGGAUGGUAAAUUUAUUCCCACACAGUUUUUUUUUUUUUUUGUUCGCAACUUUUGCCUCUCAUUGACAACUUUUGUCGCACAAAAGUUUUGAACUUUAGUGAAUGAGAACUGAACUCAUUUCGAUUUUUACCCAGAGAUGAAGCAGGGUUGUAAUAAUAAAUAAUAAUAAUGCAUUCAUUCGCUCACACAGUCACACUUUGGUGGUGGUAAACUACCUUGUAACUGCUCAUUUGUGUGCAGUUAUUUUAAAGGCAACACCAACAGCCAAUUAGUAUACAGAUGGAAAUAGGGGGGCACACUGAGUGUUUAAAGCUAAAAGGUAUAAAACCAGCAUGCUCCAUUUAACAAGGGAUGGACGUAAAAAUGAUAGUAAUAAACUUCAUUUAUAUAGCACUUAUCAAAACAGGGUUAUAGAUUGCAGCACAAAUUGAAACAAAGUACAAAGAGGAGAGACACAUAGAAGGGAAAUGUGAGGAAUAAAAUGACUAAAUAUUCAAAAGUGUUAACAACAUAGUGGUGAUUUAACAACGUAAAAGAUAUGAAAAUAGAUAAAAAGAUAAAUAAGUAUAAGAGAAAGAUUGAUUGGCAAAAAGGAAAAAGAAAUAAUGUAAUUAAGAAAGGCCACAAAAAACAUGGACCAGCAUAAAGCAAGUUAAAACGUCCAUAUGUGUAUAUAGAUAUACAUACAUAUAUAAAUACAAACUUAAAAUACAUAUAUAACCAUAUACAUGCUCAUAUACACAUAUAUACAUAAAUAUAUUUAAAGAUAAAAGAGGCUACCAGUGAUACUGCCUAGGCUCUGAAUAAAAGCAGCUUAUUAAUGAUUAAAACACAUUUAGGUAAAAUCUCCUGUGAAAGCACAUCUGUAAAAAAUAAGUUUUAAAAAGAGACUUUAAAGAUGAGAAAGAGGUCGCCAUUCUGAUCUCCUCAGGGAGGUUGCUCCAGAGGGUCCUGACAGAAAAGGCCUGGUCACCUUUGGGCCUCAGUCUCGACUGAGGAAUGGUCAGCAGAGCCUUGGCCAAGGACCUGAGGUCAGGACUUGGCACACAUGGAGUGAGGAGUUGAGAAAUGUACCAGAGUGUGCUUUAAAAGUUAACAAUAAAAUCUUGAAGUCAAUUAAAGUUAACAAUAAGAUCUCAAAGUCAAUUCUAAAACUUACCAAGAUUUCAAGAUUUUUUUUCUGUAUAAAAACAACUCACCUUUGGAGAGUCUCCUCUGAUGCAUUAAACAAGUCUGCUCAGCUAGGUUGACAUGCUAGUUCAGACUGAGGUUUUCAUCAAAAAUCACACCUAGAUUUUUGCAUUUGGCUGUAACAUUUUGUGACAGAGAGCCGAGAUGUGUCACCAUUCCUGUUGAGCCUGGACCAAAUAUUAUUACCUCAGUUUUAUCAAAAUUAAGCUGCAGAAAUUCUGAGACAUCCAGCAUGUAAUGUUUCUGUAGCAGUUAUCUAAUGUGUUAAAAUCAUAUGGAUUUAAAGACAGGUACAGCUGGGUAUCAUCCACAUAUAAGUGAAAAUUUACAUUGUGUUUAUGGAUGAUGUGACCCAGGGGUAAAGUGUAGAAGGGGAAGAGAAGUGGUCCAAGAACCGACCCCUGGGGAAUCCCACAGGUCAGCCUCACAAUGGAUAAUUGUGAUAAAAGAUCUGUCCUGCAUAUGGCUAGAGUCCAGUUUCUAAACUGAGCCAGACAUCCUAACCCAGUGUUGGAGGUGUUCCAGUAAAAUAAAAUGGCAAUUAAUCAUUUUAUUUUUAAAUUGUCAAGAAGUUACAGCUACUGUAAUGGAACAACAAGGUAAAAUCAUACAAAUAAAGGACAUUCAGAACAAAAUAAAUGAAGAAAAUGUGAAACCAGGGCCGUUUUUAUUACAGUGUAUCAAUCAAAAUAAUUUAGUUCGCACUGUGAACAUAAUCAGAAGUAAACUACUCACUAGAUUUGAUGAAAAGUUGGAUUGGCUAUUUCCUUCUAAUACUUAAAGUAAGCCUUUUUUUUUCAAAGCCUGGAGGAAACAACAGAGAAGUUUGUUUCUGUGAGAUAAUUUUUAUAAUUUACACAUCAGCAUUGGUCCUUCGUGAUAAAUAAGGGUGUCUUAAAAGCCCUUUGGGCUGGGAAUAUUGUAUAUGCAUGACACUAUAUUAAAAUCAAUCAAAAUUUCCCUCUAGCUAUCUGUCUGUCUGUCUGUCUUUCUGUCUGUUUGUCUGUCUGUCUGUCUAAAAUCAUGUUUCCUUUGCUGCUAAGAUCAACUUCCUCCCACCUGUUUCAGGUAUUAAAGAUAUUACACUCAUCAAACUUGUCGCUGAUGGUCUUGAUCGCUUUUGUAUGUAUAUAUACUGUAUAUAUAUAUAUAUAAAGUAUCAACAUGAAUUUCAGUCUGUUUUAUAAGUGUCUCCUGUGACUCCAGGAUGUUACAGUUCCAAGUAAAAAAGUAGGAUCUGAAAAAUUUGGAGCUUCCCCUUUAAGAACCACAGACACCUAACUUUACAAUAGGUUUUGGGCACAUAUCAUGCUAUCGCUGUAAAGUAAUAUUGCACUAUAGUUGGGUAAAUAUACAGAAAGGAUGCGGACUGCAUUAUACCGAACCGAAUAUUUAAUUGGCGGCAUUUUAUAUCAUUUUAAUUUUUAGAUUUUUUUCUGUGUUAAUUAACAUCAAAUGGGUGUUAAUAAACAUCUUAGCCAUCCUUUUACUCUGUUUCAUUACAUAAGCUUCAUGCUGAUUUUAUUAACUGAGUUUGUUUUCUGUGUUCAGGCCGAAGGUGUGUGAGAAUCAGCGUCAGAUAGUGAUCAGGGAUGGGAGACAUCCUGCUAUUGACUUACUGUUGGGAGAGCAGAACCAGUAUGUGCCAAACCUCACUGAAUUACAGGUACACACACACACACACACACACACACACACACACACACACACACACACACACACACACACACACACACACACACACACACACACACACACACAAAUAAACCCAGUCUCAUUCAUAGAGCCAGGAACGAAACUGUGCCAAAAACAAAAAAAAAGUUUUCCUCCUCAAUAACUCAUUGAGACAGUUCUGAAACAAAUUUGCAUCAUGACACGCGCACAUAAAUAAAUACACACAUGAUGCAGACACACAGAGACUUGCAUGACGCCACACAUGCUUCCUCCCUCUGUGCUGCAGUGGGCGUGGGUUAAUCUUGCAACAGAAGCAAAAGCCAAUGUGAAGACAAGCCAAGCCUUCAAUCCACCCACCUCCUCUGCUGUGCAGGACAGCAUGAAAAUUUCUUAUUCUGUGUCUCUCCUCGGUCGCCCUCUGUCUGUGUCGCUGUUCCUCCCUCCUCCUCUCUCCCCCUCUCUCUCAACAGGGUGAUGGUAGGAGAACCAUGAUAAUCACUGGCCCUAACAUGGGGGGUAAGAGCUCCUACAUCCGCCAGGUGGCCUUGAUUUGUGUCAUGGCUCAGAUGGGCUCUUAUGUCCCUGCCUCUGAAGCCUGCCUGGGCGUGCUGGAUGGCAUUUACACCAGGUAUGUAUAUUCAAGACAAAACAGUGGUAUCCACCUAUAAAAUCAUGCAUGCCUCACAUACUUUAGGCUGUGAUUUAACACAAAGAAAGAGGGUCUGUAUUGAGGAACAAUGAAUGAUAAAGAGUAACAGGACCUCUUGUAUGAUUUACUUUGAAUGCAGAUGCAGAAAUGAGGUCAAAAUUUGCCCUGCAGCCUUGUCUUACACCACCCACCAAAUAAUGUGCCUAUCACAGGUGAACUGAUACCUUUCUGUCAGAACCGGCAUUAACCUCCUCAGCAUUUUGAGCUUCACUAGCUCUUCUUUUAGAUCAGACCACCCAUCACUGAACCUUGUAGCCAGUUCACCAGUUUUCUUUCUUCAGACCACUUCUGGCAUGUACUGACCCUUGCAGACUCGCUCUGAUUCACUGGUUUUAACCAUCACAGAAUGGACUUUGUCAAAGUCACUCACAUUCUUACACUCGCCCAUUUUUUCUUCUUCCAUGGAGAAAGGGAUCAAUGUAGAUUUCACUGGUUUGUGUUCAGUAAUAGAUGCACUGAAUUCAAAUAUCAACACUCAAAGGGAAACACUGAGACAUCUCUGUGUUUCUAGUGACCUCCUUUAGAAGAGGAUUAUGUAAAAUCACUACCGAAAUAGUCAGAUAGAUGUUUGUUAAAAAAGCAUGAAAAAAAGAAGCAGCUAAUUAAACAGACACAAAGGUUUUAUAAAAGCUACUCUUUAAAAAGUUAUGUUUCUGUCUACUCUGAUACAGAAAAGUUUCUUAUUUUUGCCAUCUGUUUUCGUCUUUCAUCACUCAGACUUUAAGAAAAACACAUAAAACAGCAUGCAACAAAGUUAAUAACAGUUGAGGCUCAAACAAAAAAUCAAAAUGUAGCAUACACUUAAAGCUCCCAUGCAGAGUUUAUAAAUGGUUAUGAAACAAACUGAUAUUUACGCAGACAACCUGAAAGAGUGAUAUACUAUACUGUUAAAAAACAUGUGAUGAGAUCUUUUGUCUAAUAGGAGGAGUUGCAGAGAUAUGACAGGUAUCACUUUGUUCACUAGGGGCGCUGAAGUUAACAUCUACAGAAGGUUUCUAACAGGAUUGUUUUUUAGGUGUGCCUUUUGUAGAUUAAUAAAAUGCAUUUUUCCACGACCUUUUCCAAAGCUUAGCUCCUGUUUUGGUGCUUUAAUUGGCUUUUCAUGAGGAGGGGAUGCUAAACUCUGCUUACUGUUGGUAAUAAACUGUCUAUUGAUGAGUACUUCCUUAAACACUACCCCUCCCAACCAGUUUUCCCCUCAGCUCCUCCUCUCCCCUCUCUGCUCCAGAAAGCCCCGCCCACAAAUAGACGCUCCUGCUCGCUCGUAUCGGUUCAAUUAAAGUCAGAUAUAACGCAGAUAAAUACUUCAGAUAAUUACAAAUGGGGCCCAGUCAACGUGAAAGUAAAAGCAUUUGUGCUACUGUAGAUGCUAACAGGCUACCAGCAAACACAAUGUUUGCAGGACUUCUACAUCUCAAGAAACACUUUUGUUACAGGCACUUGACUUACUUUGUUAAAGCGGUUUACCUGUCCAGCAGAAAGGUUACAGGGUCCUUAAGAUCCUGAAGCAUCCCCCAAUUGCUGCAUUGGUGUUGACCAAUCUUUUUAGCUCUUGUCCGGUCUACCUCCAUUUUAAGCGCCCACUUCUCUGCCAGAGUCUUUGGUAUUUACUUCAUUUUCUUGCUUGUGUUGGCAGUCGUGGCCAAAGGAGGAUUCAAACAAUUUUCUGUACUUUCUGGUUGGUUUCUACUGUCCGAUACUGUACCAAGCUAACUUUGUUUGGGCUCGUGCACAUUAUUCAAGGAUGUGGCGCGUGCCUUACAACAUGAGGGAGCAGCGUCUGCCUCACAACCAAUCAGGUUAGGGGAGGCUCAGAAUGGCUUUCUUUACAUUCAGAAAGAGCAGGCCGCUCAAAAAUUUAAACUGUUGACUACACAGACAUAAGAAAACACAGCUAUGUCAUGAUAUUACCAAAUGUCAUCAAUAACUAAUAGCUAUUGACUGAUACCAAAAGCUUUUUUGUGUAUCCUGCCUACCCCAUUUUUGAGGACAAAGUCAAAAAAUCUGAAUAACCCCUUUUAAGAUGAGACUGACACCACAAAUACAAACACUUAUACUUACUUAUUCAUUACACAAAAGUAACAAAAAAUACCAUGUACUCUCCCUCAUUUCCUCUUUUUCCUGCAAUCCCUCAAACAUUCAUAUCUGAAUGAUUUUGUCUAGUUUUUCACUAUGUGGACUGUGACCAUGACAACACCUGACAGAGUAGGACUCACUCUCACCUCUGCAGAUCCUUUCUUAAUAGUGCAAUUAAGUAUAGGGUAGCUGGCAAACCUUACAGCAGAGGCAACCUAAGGACAAAAUAAGAGAAUCUCUCCUCUUUCCAGAAAAAUCACCUUGUGUUACCUUCUUUGUCUGUGACAUGGCCUGGAUGAUUCCUGGGACUGACACCCAGAGUAAUCCUUUCUAAUCCCAUAGUGUCUCUCACCGUUCUGGAUGAGGUGUGUGAAAAAUGAACACCAGUUGUUGCAGCUGUAUUGUUCUGUCAAAAUGUGGUACAAUGCUGCUCUUUGUGUUGUAUGUGCCUUCAGACAAUAUAGCAUUGUACGAAAAGAUCUUUUGUUCUCACCGGCAGCUGAUUAAUCUCAUUCUGAUGAGUCAAGCUGUGUGUUCUCUGUGUAUUUUCCGGUCCUGAUUACAUAUGAAGAGUGAAACACAGGCCAGUACAUGGUCUCUGCUAUUCUGCCUGAGUUGCGGUAUGUGAUUAGACCUAAUGGCUUGCAGAUGUGUGUAAUUGUCUUUUUGUGUGUUUAAGCAUGUUCUCAUGUAUUAACCCAGUAGGAGCCAAAGACCUGUCAGCACACUACAUGCGUGUGUCCAUGCCUGUGUGUCCUUUCCAUCCAUGAAAAAAAAAACAGCGAGCAGUUUCAGCCUUCAGAUGAGAGUAAUGCUGUGAUUUUGGCUUAUCCUCAUGGGUAAAGGUCGGCUUUGAUUUUGAGGUUUAUGGUUCAUAUAGUGCUGGAUUGGGCUGUGUGAACAUGGGAUGGAAGAACAUUGUCAACACUGAAUCAGUUGUAGAAGAAAGCUCUUAUUCUGCCAGUCUUAGAAAAAAACAUCAUCUUGACUAAACCAAAUUAAAAAGAGAAAUCAAAACAGUGCCGGCUGCCAAUGUUGAAAAGUGUUUAUUGUUCGGAAACUAAAUUCAAUAGAUUUUUAUCUGUUUGUUUAUUUGUUGUAGUGCUGUGAAGGCUACAGAUAUUUCUUUGCAGCACUCAAGUCCAGGGAAAAUUAAUCUACAGUGACCAAAAAGGGUUGUAUUGUAUGGUUUCACAUCGCAUCCCAUCAGGUCGCAUCUUGUUGUAUCAUAUUGUUUCAUGUCAUAUUGUAUCAUAUGUUGCAUUGUUUGUUUUUCGAUUACAUCCCUUUGCAUCGCAUUGCAUUAUAUCACAUCAUUUAAUAUUAAUCAAUCAAUCAAUCAAAUUUUUUUUAUAUAGUGCCAGUUCACAACAGUCGUCAUCUCAAGACGCUUUUCAAAGAAAAAGAGCAGGUCUAGACCAGGGGUCGGCAACCUUAAACACUCAAAGAGCCACUUGGACCAGUUUCCCACAGAAAAGAAAACACAGGGAGCCGCAAAACCUCUUUGACAUCUAAAAUGAAGAUAACAUUGCAUAUAUCUUUUUUUUUUACCUUUAUACAAAGUAUAUAAAAAACUGUAGCAAGUUGCAUUUAUGAAAUAAAUGAACUAUUUCGGCGAGUGUCUGUCUUCUUCUGUAGUUAAACCGCAAGAUAUCAAAAUCUACCCGGAUACAGCAAUGCUGCUUUUUGAUUGGCUGUUCAGUAGAUAUACUUUAUUUGAUUGGCUUGUGCGUGGCACGCAGCUUCUGAACUCUCGGAGGAACUCAGUUGAUUUCCCCCAGUUCAAUACUUGAAGAAGUGCAACCUGGUGGACAUCACUGUGUUCAUUUAAAUGCGUGAGAAAUACAAUGUGUGGUGUGUGAGCGUGUGAACGGGUGGGAAUGCGUGUGUCAUACGCUGAAUGCGUGAGACUUGAGAGCCCUGUGCUCACGCAUCAUCGAUGUACUCCCGAGCCAUGCAAAACGGUCUUUGCAAAUGUUGCACUGAACGCCUUCCUUUUCAGUCUUGGUGAAGUUUUCCCACACCACUGAUGUUUUAGGUCGGGAUUUGGGUUGGGUUGUGUCCAUGUUUUUCUCAGCCGCUGCCUCGGCCAUGGCUGUUUCUUUUCUGUGCGUCCUGCUGAUGUUUACACGCCGGUGUCCAUGGACAUAUAUAAAGACCCGACGAAUCGAUUACAGAAUUUGUUGGCAACGGAUUUUUUCGUCACGACGAAUCUACUUAAUCGAUUCGUUGUUGCAGCCUUAAUAGUUUAUUUAAUGUUACAAGAGCAUUAUAAUCUUUGAAUUUAGAAUUACAAAAAUAAUAAUAAUAAUAAUAAAAUAAAAUAAAAUGCAAUUAAGUAUUUAUUAUUUAUUUUCCAAAUCCAUUAGGAGCCACAGCUUAGGGAAGAAAGAGCCGCAUGCGGCUCCAGAGCCGCGGGUUGCCGACCCCUGGUCUAGACCAAGCUCAUUGUUAAUACCGUGUUUUUUCCCAUUUUGUUGUGUCACAUCACAUCAUUUCGUAUUGUAUUGUAUCAUAUUUUGUUGUGUAGUAUCAUCACAUACUAUAUCAUACCACAUUGUACAGUAUUAAGCUGUAAUGCUUCAAGCAUUCUCCUGUUGUAUCAUACAGAAUUUUUUCAAAUUGUCACAUAUCAAAGUUUUAUAUCGAAUACAUGAACUCAUUAGUGUAACCUCUAAAUAUAAAAGCUUGUGCAUUACUUGCCUAAAAAAUGCAUGGGAAUGCUGAAAGUUCAGUGCAAAACACAGCUGAAAGUGUAAAUACAUUAAAACUGUCCAAAGCCACAGUUUCCACUUGGUUAUCAAAUUAUGAAUAUUUGACUAAUUAAUAUGACAUGUUGUGGCCUUUCACUUACCAUAAUUUGGGUGACAACUCUGGCCCCAACUACAUGAAUGUGGAUAUAUUUCAAACCGCACAUAUUUAUGUCCGAUUAGGCCUCCCUACCACACCAAAACGGGAGUUUGGAACACUCAAACCGGAUAAAUCUGAAUCUGAAAAAACAAAUGGAGAAAAAAAAAAAUCUGUUUAGGUGGAUUCGUGUGGUUGAACUUUUAUGGAUCGAUGACGUCAAACCGCAGCUCGCGCAUGCGAAUUAAAAAGAUAAACAACAACAACGAUGAUGGCGGACAUACGGGGUAUUCUUUACGUUUGUUUUGCCCUUUUGGGGCUAAUUUCAGCCUUGCAAGUGAACCUUGUUUUAUACAAUUACAUCCACCAGUCAGCCAGCUCACAGAGGCGUCUGCUUUGUUAUAACCGCCACACCGUCACAUGGACCCGACGCACUAGUGUAACUUCCGCAAACAAUGCAUGACGCAUCACGCUGUUACGAUUCAUCGGCCAAUCAGGUAGCUUUGUUCCUGAAUUUUUUUUUAAGCGGCACCAGAUAGGAUUGAGUUUGAAGGCUACGUGUGGACGCAGAUAUUUUUGAGAACGAACACGUGUGGACAGAUACAUUUAUUUAGACGGGAGUACAAAAAUAUCUUGAUAAAUAAAUAUCUUUAUACGUGUAGUCCGGGCCUCUGUUGCUGUGAGCUGCUGCCAUGAUGCCCUUAUGCUCAGGUACUUGGAUAUAAACAAGCACUGUUAAAGUCAGCCUAUUGUAGCGUGGCGUGGCUUGGUAGUUGUUUGAUGUAGAAAAUAGAGAUAAAGUCUAAUCAGACUGUGUCCAAAUCCUUCACACCAGUUAGACAACAGAAGGCUAGUGAUGCUAGUUUGGCUUAUGUCCGCCACACUAAGUCGCUUACUGGGCAUACAGUUUAUAGCAGCACAGAAAUGCAUGUGUCUGCACAUAUGGGUCUCUGUGUUUUUAAGUCAGGACUCUGGCUUGGGUCGAAGAUUGGCUUUCAGAAAAAAAAAUCCUGGAGAUAAUUAAUGUCCACAGAGAGAGCUCACACACACACACACACACACACACACGCCUACACACACUAUCCGCUGUCCUCUCCUCACCUUCUCAGCUACCUUUGUCGUCCUCUCUGAUUCUAAUUGGACAGCUCAGCCUCUUUCUUCCACUCUGUGUUUGAUCCUGAGGAGAAUCUGUUUUGAUAAUAAACGUCCGAUCAAUUCCCUCUGCUGGGCAGAAGCAGCGGUGUGGAUGCUUUAUCCUGAGUGUGUGUGUAUGUGUGCGUGUGAAACAUGUAGUGUGUUUAUGAGGUCGAGGGAGUGAAAGCUUUACUAGAGAGCAGUGAGCAGACUUUGGGUCGGGUUAAUGAGUUGGUGUGUGGGUGUCUAAUGGGAUAUCCUGUCUGAAAAGAUCCAGAUGAUUGAUUAUCAAUGAGGAUAAGAUGAAUAAUCUAGAGAGUAGAGUGAAGCUGCAUGCUGUCUCCAGGUCCCCUGGUUUCAUUUUCGUGCUGCAACACUUUUACAAUACAAAUGAAUUGAGAGUAACUCUGUGUCUAUGCAGCUGCUGUGUGUUUUUUUUUGUCUGUAUUGAGUCCUGAAGGUUAUAGAGCAUAUUCUUCCAUCCCUCCAUGGUUGUUAUGGAAACUGCAAAAGGAAGCAGAAUGUAAAACGAAAUGUUAUGAAUAUAACUUCUGUUCCCUGAAGGAGAGGAACGAGGUACAACACAUAUAGUAUGGGAUAUCACGCCCCUGCGUGACCUGACUGAAGACACCUUUAUUCACGCCUUUAAGGCAGAUGAUCUGUGGUGACGUCUGGGAGGCUCCGCCUGCACAUAUAUACGUGUAACACCACAGUCAUCCUUCAGUUCGAUAGCCGCUCUUCACCGAGCUCUGCCGCGCAGCGGGGCAACCCAGUGUUGUACCUCGUUCCUCUCCUUCAGGGAACAGAAGUUAUAUUCAUAACAUUUCGUUCCCUUUCAGUCGAUUCACUCGGUACAACACAUAUAGUAUGGGACAUAUAUACACGCCCCGCAGAGCAGCCACCGAACCGAAGUCAAACCUCCAAAACUUUUAGUGCAUUGUAGACCCAGCAGAAAGGACAGCGUGAGCCACCGAAGGUGCUGUCACAUCCAAACGGUAAAACCGAACAAAAGUGUGCGGUGAUGACCAACUGGCUGCAGUGCAGAUAUCACUCACAGAAACCCCUUUAAACAAGGCCCAAGAGGCCGCCAUUCCCCUGGUUGAAUGUGCCUUCACACCUUGGGGCAACGGGAGACCCCUGCUGCCGUAUGCUAAGGAGAUAGCCUCCACAAUCCAGUGGGAAAGCCGCUGCUUAGACAGCGCCUUGCCCUUGGCUGGAUUAGCAAAACAGACAAACAACUGGUCACAUAAACGCACACUCUGAGUGCGGUCUAUGUAAGUGCGUAGUGCACGCACAGGGCACAAGGAAUGCAACCUCCUCUGCUCCUCAGAUGCAAAUGGAGGGGGGCAGAAGCUCAGCAGUUCAAAACUCAUAGAGCUAUAGGCUGUGGGGAUAAUCUUAGGUAAAUACGCCGCGUUUGGACGCAAUGUAGCCUUAGAUCCAUCCGGAGUGAACUGGGUACAAGAGGGAUGCACAGACAAAGCAUGAAGGUCGCCCACUCGCUUUGCAGACGUCAAAGCAAGUAGCAGUGCAGUCUUGUAUGAAAGAAAUUUCAUGUCUGCUGACUCAAUAGGCUCAAAUGGGGGUCCACCAAGAGCCUCAAGCACCAACCCUAAAUCCCAUGAGGGAACACUGGGUUUAAGAACAGGUCUUAGCCUGCGGACUCCCUUUAGGAAGCGCAUAGCAAGAGGGUGAGCGCCUGGCGUCACACCAUCAAAGCCAACAUGGCAUGCAGAUAUAGCCGCCAAAUAGACCUUAAUUGUUGAGAAAGAGAGACCCUUAUCCAGCAGGUCCUGAAGGAAUGUUAAAACAUCCACAAUAGAACUCUGAAAUGGGAGUACAUUUCGGUCCUGACACCACUGCUCAAACGCCCGCCAUUUAUAGGCAUAUAGGCCCCUAGUAGAUGAUGCCCUUGCACUCUGGAUUGUUGCCACCACAUUUGGGGGCAGACCCUGAGCCAUUAAGUUGGACCUUUCAACAGGUAAGCAUGUAGUUUCCACAGUUCUGGGCGCGGGUGAAUCACCUCUCCUCCCGCCUGGGAGAGGAGGUCCCUGCAAAAAGGGAGCUGCCAGGGCCUCGCUACCAGCAGACUGAUUAUCUCUGCGUACCACGACUUCGCCGGCCAGCGAGGAGCCACCAGGAUCAGGGAGAGCCCCUGCUGGCGCACCCUCUCCAGAAUGGGCAGAAUCAUUUCCACUGGGGGAAAAGCAUAUAGCAGCGUGUUGGGCCAUGGGUGAGCUAGCGCAUCCAUCCCCAGGGGAGCAUUGCAGUCUGUUAUGGAAAAGAACAGGGGGCAAUGAGUAUUUGCUCUGGAGGCAAAAAGAUCUACUUCUGCCUUGCCGAAGCGGUCCCAUAUCUGAGCCACCACUAGUGGGUGCAAUCUCCACUCUCUCACAAGAGGACCCCCCUGGAGAGAAGGUCUGGUCCAAGGUUUAAGUGACCCGGAAUAUGUGUGGCUCUGAGGGACAGAAAAUGAACACUGCACCAUAGCAACAGAUAGUGAGACAGUUUUAACAGGGGAAGAGAGCGUGUCCCUCCCUGCUUGUUUAUGUAAGAAACCACGGUUGUGUUGUCCGUCCUGAUCAGAACAUGAUGGCCUGUCAGAACGGGACGAAAGUGCUUCAGAGCUAAAAGGGUAGCUAGUAGCUCCAGGUAAUUGAUGUGGAGUUUGCAUUGUGCUGGCGUCCACACACCUCUCACUGCUGCGCCCUCGCACAGAGCCCCCCAACCCCUCAGGGAUGCGUCUGUGGACACCACCUUGCGAAAAGACACCCUCCCUAUCGGAGAUCCCUGUUGUAGAAAACCGGGUUCUCUCCACGGGAGAAGAGCCGACAUGCAAGACUGAGUUAUCGUCAGCCUCCUCUGGAGGUGACGCUGCGCGCACAGCCGGUGAGACUGAGUCCAGCGUUGAAACGCUCUCAUUUUUAACAGUCCGAGCGGCACUACAGCGAUCAUAGAUGCCAUCAUGCCUGUCAGCUGUAAAAUCGUCCGGAAACACAGUUUGCGUCCCAACUGAAAUUGUGCAAGGCAGCGGUGAAACGCAGCCACCCUGCGUUCUGACAGACGUGCUCGGCUUGAAACGGAGCAUAUUUCCAGCCCGAGAAAUGAUACCUGUUGACUCGGAGUCAGUGAACUUUUCUGUAAAUUUACUGAAAAGCCCAGUGUUUGGAUGUGCGAUAGGGUCAAUGACAGCUGAGCCGCUGCUCGCUCUCUGGAGCUCGCGAUUAGCACCCAAUCGUCCAGAUAGGCUAAGAUGCGAACACCUUUCUCCCGUAGCGGAGCUAAUGCCGCCUCGACACAUUUGGUGAAUGUUCGGGGGGCGAGUGAUAAGCCGAACGGCAGCACCAGGUAUUCGUAGGCUAUGCCCUCGAAUGCAAACCUUAGAAACUGCCUGUGGUCCGGAUGAAUUGCUACGUGAAAGUAAGCAUCUGUCAGAUCGAUAGUUGUAAACCAAUCUCCCGGUCUGAUCGCGCCCAGUAGCUGUCUGAGUGUUAGCAUCUUGAACCUGUAGGUUCGUAGGUAUUUGUUUAACACUCGCAAGUCUAGGAUAGGACGGAGCCCUCCUCCUUUUUCGGAACAACGAAAUAGCGGCUGUACCAACCUUUGUUCGUUUCCGAAGCGGGAACAACUCGUAUCGCCCUCUUGUUCAACAAGUUGUUUAUUUCUUCCCUCAGCACUGCUGCUGCUUCCUCUGCUACAACUGUGUGUAUUACAGAGUGAAAGCGAGGCGGUCGGACCCUGAACUGUAAGCGGUAGCCGAUGGCAACAGUUCUCUCUACCCACGGCGAGACUGCGCAUGCGCGCCACCGAGAGAGACGAACAGUCAGUCGACUGACCUCCAGUACUGUGGGGGAGGGGUUGUCGCCCCCUAGCGUGCCGGCUGGGAACGGCAACACUUUCUCGCCCAGACUUGAUUGAUUCAUGAUGUUUUGAGAACAAAACGAAACCUUUAUUUGAUUCAAAGAACGUACAUUUGUGACAUUCACACAGUGAACAACAGGCGCCAUUAUUGGGGCAUGUGUAUGUGAGGGGGGUUGUGCUUGGGAGACUGUGUUAAGGGAGUGCAGCGCCUCUCGGGACCGGACCCCUGAACGAACUUUAAACGCGGCCUCUUUGGCGGCAGAAAAUGAAGGGCGGCAGUGUCUCCGUGCUGCUGGCCCUCUCGAGUCGAUCCCGAAGCUAGGAUGACUGCUGCUUCUUCUUCCUGGGCGCCGAGUCCCUCCGGAAGCUCGGUGGCGGACCCUUGUUCCAAGCCGAAGGGCGUGGGUUCUGACCGGGUACAUAUCGCUUCACCGGCUGGGGCCCCAAGCUGGCGGGCGCUGCAGUCCUCUUAGGGGGAGGCGCUGGUGCCGGUUUGUGCGGAUAACCCUGUUGUUUGGGCCUCGCAUCACGCCUGGGAAUGAUGCUUCUCAAAGCUUCGGUUUGUUUUUUCCUCAGCUCAAACUUAGCUUGAAUGUCGUCGAGGGACUGCCCAAACAAACCGCUGGCCGACACAGGCUCGUCCAGAUAAACCGCUCUGUCCCUCUCCGGAACGUCGGAGAGAGUCAGCCACAGGUGCCUCUGCGCCACCACCGUGGAAGCCAUGCCUCUACCGAGAGACAGCGCUGCACAGCGGGACACACGGAGGAUGUAAUCUGUGGCGACCCUAGCUUCAUUGAGGAGAGGAGUAAGCGGACUGUCAGGAGGCAUACGCGAGCCGAGUUCUGCCAGACACAUAGCUUGAUAUGUCUGAAGCAUAGUGACGGAGCUCAGUGCACGAGCCGUAUUUGCCUGUGUCCUGUAAAUUUUAUCCAGCUGUGACGCUGAAAAUCUACAGUGCUUGGAUGGGAGCGUGAUGGGGCCACCGACACCGUGAUUCUGGGCCGGGGCCAGAUAAGCUGCCAGGGACGCCUCCAUAGGCGGAGGGUUCACCAAUCCAGCUUUUUCAGCUCCAUCUAGAUCCAGAAACUGUCCACAACCGGGCACUGUGGCGCGGGUGGACAGCGGCUUGUUCCAUGUCGAGGUUAGUUCCGCGACAAAAUCCGGGUACAUGGGCAAACUGUUCUUAACAGUCGUCGGUUCGGGUGGGAGAAAAAACCCUGUGAACCGCGACGGUUUUUGAGCUGGAGGAGGAGAGGGCCAUUCUACCUCCAGUUUCUCAGCUGCACGGCGGUACAGUGAGAGGAAGGAUGUGUCGUCCAGAUCAACCGGCGCAGCAGCGGCGGCAUACUGACCUGAAGACAACGGCUCCAGCUCAUCUUCCGAAAAACCCUGCACGUCCAGGCCGAUGUCCAGCACGUCAUCGUCCUCCUGGUAACAAGCUAGCCCGGAUAGCGGCUGGCCAGCGCCCUCGGAGGGGCCCGGCUCAAACCCAGCUGACCCGUCAGCACACUCCACAUGGUCUGCCCAGCUUCCAACUGAGCCUUCGACCAGAAAGUCCUCACCACCGGACUCGGACGAAGCCGGGUCUCUGGACUCGGAAAGGAGGGGGUCGUGCAGCGCAACAGCGGUUUUUCCAAGAAUUUUCUCCACAAACUUGACCCGCCUUCCCAGGGUUGAGCUCCGAAGCCGGUGACAGGACUCACACGACUCGGGCUCAGUCAACGCCCUCCUGGCGUGGACAAUCCCCAGGCAAACGGGACAAGCCUCGUGAAGAUCCUUCUCGUGAAGGGAGAAGCCGCACCCCUGAGGACAGGGGCGAACAGAAGACUUCGCCUUCACCUUCAUGGGCUUAGAGCUCAUAACGAGACUCAAAAGCUGAACGAAAUUAGCGCUCCGCGGGUAGCCGUAGGCUAACACCAACAGGGGCAGUUGAGCUAAAGUCGAUCAAGCAGUAGCCAGAGACAAGACCAGGCUAAUUUAGCAGCAGCUAGUUAGCCCGACUCGGUGUAGGUGUUCUCAGCGAGGUGAAGAGCGUAAGAACUGAAGGAUGACUGUGGUGUUACACGUAUAUAUGUGCAGGCGGAGCCUCCCAGACGUCACCACAGAUCAUCUGCCUUAAAGGCGUGAAUAAAGGUGUCUUCAGUCAGGUCACGCAGGGGCGUGAUAUCCCAUACUAUAUGUGUUGUACCGAGUGAAUCGACUGAAAGGGAACUGUUUUGAAAAGGACCUUUAAUCGACCAUGGACUUCUAGCAGUGAUUACAAAGUGUUUUACUAAUGUCUUUUGUAAGCUCCACUUUCAUAUGUAAUGCAGCUUGUGUGUGUGUGUGUGUGUGUGUGUGUGUGUGUGUGUGUGUGUGUGUGUGUGUGGUGUGUGUGUGUGUGUGUGUGUGGGUGUGUGUGUGUGUAAGUGUUGGGGGCUCAGGAAUGUGGCUGAUUUCCAGAAAAACCUCACAAACAGCGGUGAGUGUUUUGGUGCCAACCAGUCUCUGUGUAACAUCCUCACCCUUGUGGGUGUUGUAUACUGAAGUAAAACAUGUUGAGUACGUGGGAAAACGUUGUAUCCUAAAUCGACUCAGUGGUUCCUCACAGUUUUUAUAGAGAACUCUCACAGUGCCGGUGCCAGCUUGUAGGCAGCUUUCAGAGCAGGUUAAGCCUUUACUGUUCUUUAGUAUCUUUUGGCAGAUAUCCUCUUACUCUGUCUGAUUGAAAGGUCCAGGUUUAAAUCACAGGAAAUAUGGGAGAAAUUUUGAGGAAAAAUAUUAGUGACAAAUAAGUCUCUGAGUCCCUGCUCUCUGAUCAUCUUACUGUACAUUAUUUAAAUGAGAUAGAUUUGUAUGUAGCCAUAUCCAUUUUUGGAUUUCAAAAUCCUAGGUUAGUUUUUUCCUCUAUAAAAAAAAUAUUUGGCUGGAAAUAAAAAUCAUGACAGCAGAAAAGAGGCAAAAAUACAAAAUAAAAAGGUGGAAGUUGUUUGAUUUAAAGAAAAAAAAAAUCAAACAACAAUUAAGUCAAUUAACAAGAGAGAGAAUAUUCUGCAUUUGAAAUAACUUUAUUUCUCCAUUUGUUUCAUUUUUACCAUCAAAAAUGUCAAAAAAUGCAAAUUAUUUUGUAAUGUCUGCAAGAGGGAAAAACAAAAGGAUUUUUCCAUUCAGGCGAUUCCACUCCAAUUUAAACAUUCUUAUGAUCAAUUUAAUCAAUUUCUGCUAAAUGUGUUUUGCAAAAUGCUGCUAAUUACAACACACUGCACCUUUAAAUGAACUUUUAAUCAUGUUAACAAGAUAGCAGCCAUUUGUAUUAGAUGUCCAACGCUUUUGAAUAGUUUCUUUUCUGACAGUUUAAUCAGUGAGGCAGGCUAAAAUGCUACAAGUGAAGGCAUUUCCAUUCAAAGAAGAAAACAACAUUACAAAAGGAAUGAACAUCUUUGAUAAUUUGCAGAAACUAUCUGUUCAGGGCUGAUGAUUCGUCUUUGUGCUUUUGAGCUCAUCGAUUUUCAGAAACGCCGGAUCUUUGCUCACUUGCUCGUGUCUUGUGUUAUUGUAGGGCUUUGAUUUUGGUUUUCUGAGGAAAACGGCAGCUUUGCGAUCGGUUAAGGUCGAUUCAUUGGGAAACCAAAUAAAUGAAGAAUCUGAUAGCUCUCAAGAGUCUCAGUAAAGACUUGAAAUGUGUCUAAACGUGUUUCCGGGAGCAGUGUGGGUCGAUAAUACAUUGACUCUAUUUUCAGAAUGGGUUUGUUUGGCGGGAAGAACGUACUCAAUGAGAGCAGCAGGACACCCAGCUGGUGCAGUUUGCUGUGUUUUAGCCGUACAUCUCCUCAUCAGGGACAGACGAAGAGUGUGAACAACCGUCCUCCCUCUCAUUUGAUUUGGUCCGCCUUUCUGCACUGCAGUAUAGAUCGGACUGUCAUAAUUUCCCCUGGGUUUAAAGGCAUGCAUGCACACAUGCACUAUAAAUUGGCUUAACAAUGCAGGAACAUGCCUGCCACACCUCCAUCCGAUACGGCGUGUGGUGUAACCAUAGUAACUCCGGAGCUGGAGACUCAUUCAUCGACAGGUAGUGUGUUGAAUGUCAAUCAGGGCAGGAAAAGACAGAUUUAGAGGUGAGAAACAGACUGGCAGAGAUGUUGCCUGGUGAUCCAGCUGGAGGUUUUACCCCGUGAGUCACUGCUCUGUCUGACAGCCGGGCUCUUGCACCAGCCGAGCUCUUACACUGCCUCUGAGUUUUGUAAAGAGACCAACAUGUUCACAUUGUAAAUAUCAAACCGUAGAUAUCAGUUUACUUGGACUUGACAGAUGGCAACAAGCUGGUUAAACUUCUCCAUCAGCAGAGCAGCUUGUUUAUUCUUAAUUUUGUGCCCCUUUAACAGGUUAAAAGAACGUAGCUCAAGCAAACCAGCUGCAGCACAUUACUGAAGUUAGGAACUUCACUCUUCUUUUCCUGCCAUUUGUGAAGCUCUCAGUAAAACUAAUGUGAAAAUAAUUCUGUCAGCACUUUCUUCAUAGUUGAGAUGCUGUUUAAAUAACGGUAAAUGGGUAAGCUCUUUUUAGUCACGCCAUUUUGUCUCUUUUGGCACACUGAAGUUAAGCUACCAAAGAGUCGUCUUUCUCGCUGCAGCUGCUUUGGUGGAAAACAUGACUUAACCUGCACUGUUCUACUAGGCUGUUUGGUCAACUUCAACACGCUGCUUUUCCUUUUCUUUAUAAUAUCACAAAUCAAGAGAGGAAAAUAUCAUUUUUUAGCUCCUACAUUUUUAGACAUUGUGUAUCUCGAAUUAUCUACUGCUUGGUUGCAUGGAGCAAGAGAAGACAUUUUUAAGGUUUGGUCUCACAUGGCUGUGAAGAUUAAGGAGAUGGUCUGAUAUACUUACCGAUUUUUCACAGAAUCGCCAGCUUUCUUUUUAUUUUAUUCUAUUCUUUAUAUAAUAUUCUUGUCAGACCAGAGAGCGGGGGUGGGGUGUAUUUUUUUUCUUAUUUUUGCUUUAUGUUUUAUUUUAAAAAAGUGAUUGAAACUGUAUUCUGACCCAAACUUGCUAUAAAAAAUAUUUGAUCACAAAAAAGGAAAACUAUUAUGUUAGUUUUUUUCAGUAUCCUGCAGCUUUAAUUCAAACAUAGUCAAUCCACAUGUCAGUACUAGUACCAGAGCUGCACCGUGGUGAACAGUGAAUGAUUUAACACAAACUUCAUACAACUUUUCAUAACUCAUACCAGACUUGGUCAAAGGAGUCUCGACAGUCCCACAGAUAUCUGACCAAUGAUUUUUUAGCCAUCAGCAGUUCAUAUUCCACUGCUGGUACCAGAGGAGUUGAUAAUGGACUCGGAGCUUCACAUAGACCCGGAGGCAGCUGUUAAAACAAGAGAGCUUUUCUAAACACUGAUGUAACAGCCUACACAGAGUCCUGAAUUCAACUCCAUCCAUCAAGCGGGACCAGAUCACCCAACAUCAGUGUCCUGCCUCAGAAAGGCUCUUGUGACCGACCCUGCAAAGCUCUCCACAGUUUCACAGUCACUUAAAGCUUAAAGCUGCAACUUCACUUCAUCCCUUUCCCUCUGCUCUGUUAAGAAAAAAGACCCUCAGGGUGUUUUAGUUUCUCUCUCUCACUUUCUUUGGACUCCUCCCUUCUCUCUCUCUCUCUCUCUCUCUCUCUCUGUCUUCUCUUUGUGAGGCACUCUCCUGGAAGAACAGGAGGAGCAGGUUCAUGGUUAGAAAAAUAGCAGAUUCUCAAUUUAUCUGUCUGUGGGUGGGAGUUGGAGUUUGUGGAAGAAUGACAGCAGUUUGUGAAUGCUCUCAGUGGAUCCAACUUUGAAAUUAUAUCAUUAAAAGACUGAAAUCUUAAAACUUUGCAUGAAACGCUGCUGUUGGUGUUUUAUGUUGAUACAAUAAAGUUGGUCCUGAAAACUAUUUGUGUGCUGCAUCAAAUACAGAACUAACUCUCCUAUUUCUUGUUUCCUCCUUUUCUUUCUUGUCCUAUUUGCCGUCAUCAGGAUGGGCGCAUCGGACAACAUCUACAAAGGCCGCAGCACGUUCAUGGAGGAGCUGACUGAAGCCUCAGAGAUCAUUUCUCAUGCAACAGAGCGUUCGCUUGUCAUCCUUGAUGAGCUUGGACGGGGCACGAGCACCCAUGAUGGGAUUGCCAUCGCUUACGCCACUCUGGAGUACUUCAUUCGAGAUGUAAGUGUGUGAAUGGAGACUAUCACUGGAGAAUAAGAGAAGUGUAAUUAUGUGAGGGGAGACGCUGAUGAGAUGAGUAACAGUUGGUCUUUUUGCUGAAUAACCUAAAACUCCUGCGAUAAAAAAAAAAAUCACCUCUGCUACUGAAACUUAAAGCCAUCCAAUUACAAGAGGCCAAUAGGUGGUGUGUUUUGUGUGUGUGUAUUUGUGUAUAUGCAAGUAUUUGUAUCUCCUUGUGGGCUCUGCAGGCUGUGCUGGUUGUUUGUUUUGCAGUCAGGGAUGAGGCCCCGGAGAUGCUGCAGCAGCAGAGCAGCUCUUCAAAACUGAGCCGAAAUGUGGACAAGCUUGAUCUACAACAUUAAUAUGCUGUUAGAGAGCAAACUGCAAUAGGAAAGGAGCCAGAAUUGACCCGUAGAUACCUUGAAUGUUCAUGCUGAAGGAUGUAUAUUUUUACUCCAGGAAGCCUUAAUUUAGUACUCUGAAAACUAACAUAAUGAAGAUAAUGACAGGCUAACUCAUGCCCACCUUUUGUGGCCAAGAAUGUGAUCGUGUCAAUUACAUUCCUCACUGACAUAAUCUUCACUUCUUCUGUCAGCUGGGAUUAAAUUAGCAAGUAAAGUGUGUCAUGAUCCAGCAUUUAGACCAUAGAUGAACAGAAACAGCUACAGAUAGAUGAUCCAAGAUUGAAAUACAUCUGUUUCCCACAGAGUGAGACGGAGUGUGUGUUUGUAUGUUUCUGUUGGGAAUAUGUGUAUUGGCACAGACAGGUGCCCUUGGGUGUUGCAACAUGGUAAAUCACCUGCUCAGUCAAAACAGAGACUUGUAACAUGUUGUACCCUUGGAGUGACAGAGAAUGGGGUUGCUUGUGCUUCAACAGUGGGUGGGAAAGUUAAUGUUUUCUUGAGGAGAAAUUAUAGUAACUGGAUGAACCAAUAAGUGCUGACGAACAAUCUCAUCACUACACAUGCAAAAGUUAUUAUUACACUACUCGAUGUUUGACAUGCUCAGACUGGAGCGUCACAAAAACUGCAGUUCCUAGAAUGUCCACUUGGGGCCAGCUUUAAAAGCCAUUAAAUCCCAAUUGAGGCUGAUUUAUGCUCGCCAUAUCUAUGAAAAUAUACGCGUCCGUUUCAAACGAUGGUUAUGUCACUUCCCACAUACUUCCAUGUGUCCUUUACGCUGGCACGGAUGUUAACUAUUACAUCCACCAGGGGGCAGGCCAGAGUUGAACGUUUUUGACAACAACAAACAAAAAGAAACAUGACGACUGUGAAGGAGCCAGUGAUAAUGUAUAUUUCGAAAGGAGAUAGAGGCAGCGUUGGAGGAGGAGGUGGUCGGUCAGGCCACUAUAUCCCUCGCGGUUGGAGGACAGAGAAUUCUUUUCUGUAGUCAUACCGAUAAGAGAAAUUGACUACAGUCCUCAGAAAGCCCCGCCAUUGUCUUCUUUGUUUCUCUCUAGAGAUGUGUAUCGGGUAGUGACAGCAGCAACAAUGCUCCCAACGGUUUCUGAAGCUUCAAGGAUAUGUACAGGAAUACAGACGAAAAGAACGUGAAGCACGUCCUUAUCCGGAUCUGUAUGUAACGUUGAGCAUAAAUGAGCCUUUAGACUCCAAGCAAGCCAAACCUGUUUACAGGUUAAAAACAUGGUUUCAAGAUGAAGCUUGUGUAGUAUUUUUAUAUCUGUUUAUCACACAUCUUUAAAAGGCUUGGAGUUACACAUAACUGUAUCAUUUGGGGCACAGUUGAGUUGACUGACAGGUGGGUUGUUGCAGCUGCAUGCCCACAUCAGAUUGAUCAAAAGUUAAACCCAUUUUGCUCAAGUAGAUCAGAGGUCUUGUAGUCUUAACAGCUGGAUGAUAUGUGAGUGCAUAGAGUCCUUAAAGGGUUUGAUGCUCUCUGUAAAGAAGAGAUUUGUUAACUCAGAUGUUCCCUCUGACCUGAGGAAGCAGGUUUAUUAAUCUCUCACCCACGUAACUUCAUGUCCUUUUUAAUGCCUUCGUGGAUAUAGCUUCACAAAUCACCAAUUCGAAACUCGGGCCUCCUGUUGUUGACAGAGUUCGCCUCCAGGUGCAGCUCCAUCUUUAGUCCACAGUGACAGAGACUGUUGUCGGGUAUCUGGAGUUAAAUAAACUCACUCUUCUGUUCCCUUUAACGUAAUAAAAGUUUCUGUGAGAGCUGGUAUUUAGGUAUUUAUUUAUGUUCCCAAGACCUGAGUCGGAAAGCUCACCAUCGCCCCGAGCUUUCCUUGUUCAAAUAUAGAUGAGUAAAGAUUUAGCUUUGAAAAUCCCCUUCCAAUUUUCAUGUUUUACCAGUUCCACAUUAAUCUUUGGACAGAAUCUCAGGAUUAUGUAAUCUUGCUGGAUAACGUAGUCUGAAAUGUGUAAGUAGCAGCUAAUGCAUGACAGAGCUGCUGCUGGCAGGAGGAGGGAGCUCUCUAACCACCUGUUGUGUAACCACAUUGAUUUGUAAGAAAAGCUUUGCUAUUACAGGAAAGACAAACAAAAGGGCACUAAAAAAGUUGUGCUUUAAAGCGAAAGGCAUCCUCGGUACAGACAGACCUGCAGUCUUUCAUACUCCCUCCUCUUCCUCCUACUCAUCACUGUCCUCCUCCUCCUCCUCCUCCUUCUCUGCCCCGUCUUCUUCCUCCUCCUCACCAGUCUCAACUGUUCCUGUUGAAAGUCAGACUGCUACUCCUUUGACUCGGUUGUUAUAGUAACACACCUUUGCAUGUCCCCAACACUCACCUGAGAGGUAGUUAAGAAUGUAGAUGGGUUUCAUAACUCUGAUGAAUAAAAGAGACAGCCUUGCAAAGAGAGAAGCUGGAACAGCAGAGGAGAGAGAGACUCACUCCAAAGAGGAGUAGCUCCUGUGAGAAGUGGCUGCUGAAAUCACAAUCAUCACGUGUUUUUCUCAGUCUGUUUGUCUGAUUAAAUUCCUUUCUGGCUGUGAUGUGCACCUCUUCUUUAGCCAUUACUCAUUCUCAGACUCACUUUUACUCACACUCACAGCAGGUCCUGCCAUUAGCUUCACACUAGCGGCUCAACGCUGCACAACUCUCUUCACUCAAACCAUGACUCAGCCUUGCAUGUGGCUGUAUAAACACUAUAAUUCUGCACUGUAAUAGAUGGCAGAAUCAGACUUAUGCUUCAAAUUUGGUUCCUAGGAAAGGAUUAGAGCUCACUGGAGCUCACUUUUGACUGCACACUGAUGGGUACAUUUCCAGUAGAUCGUUUAACUCCACGUGGGUGUAAAUGGUGGGGUGUGCUCAUGCUUGUUCACAGAGCUCCUACAAAGCUCCUCCAUGUGCUCUGCUGCUCCUUGCACUUCUGUGUCUGCUCUGUCUUUCUAUGCAGCAAAUGGACAAGUUUCUCUCUAAGCUCACUCUGAUUGCUCUUUUACUUGGUGGUAUUUCGACCCUCUGAAAGUUUUUAAAUUUAACAGCAUUGCAGCAUUGCAGGCACAGUUUAACAAGUGAAAUCACACUUCAGUGUUGUCCAGACACUCUGUGAUUCUUUGUGGGCACUCAUGUUGGCUCUGAUUGCCUUUUUACAGUAGUACUUUUAAUAGUGAAGGGACAGGGCACAGCUUGCUUGCUUUCUUUGCAAAACUCUCUCUAUUGCUUACUGCUGUAACGGUGAACAAAUAGUGGAAAUGAUUUUUUUUCUUUCUUCCAGAAGACGCAAAUUGUCUGCAUGAGCCCUGCCAUAUUUCACAGUUUGACAUAUGUAAAUCCAGUUCUUAAAAUCAAAACUGAAGUUGACUUAAAACAGCUGAAGACCAAAUAUUGAUUGACCAACAUAAGUUGAUGUAGCAACCAGCAGUCUUCGUUUUCCUUAUAUCUGCCCCUACCAGGGGCUGAGAAUUGAGUAGUUAUUGUUCAUAUUUUUGGGUUUAUAAAAGUUUGAAAUUUAAAAAGUUUCAGUUCUUCCUGCUGUCACAGCUUUCAAACCCUGCCCUCUCUAUAUACUUUUUACUUUUUACUCUGUCCAUGCACACCACUUGCUCAUUAUUCCUUUUUUGUAAAAACUGCAUGAAUAAAUGUGUGGCACUCUUGGUCCCUGGAACAAAUGAUAUUCAGGACUUGCUAAAAUUAUGGCACAGUCAUGCCAAAUGGUCCUGGUACCCUUCGAACCCCCACAGGGUGAGUGGAAAGAUUUCUGAUUUACAUAGCCACCUGCUCAUUGCUUUAUCCUGCUUAUUAUCUGCAGAAAGAAAAAUGUGGACAGAAAAUUCAGUUUUUAUCCAACAAUACAGUCUGUGUCGUGUUGGACACUACGUAUGGUUUAUUAUACAAUCUAUGAGUUUAAACUAUCGCCUUUACUACCCCCAUGGUUGUCAGUGUUAGGUCUGAAUCCUUGAGCUUGCAGACUUGCAGAAAUACAGACAAAGUAGGGCUGGGCGAUAUGGCCUCAAAUCAAUAUUACAAUAUAUUCAACAGUUCACCUUGACAAUGAUAAAUGGAUGAUAACUACUCCACAAGCUGCUAACCCCCUCCCACAUUAACUUUGUCUACUUCAGCCGCCGCUCCAGCUACUACAACUUUUGAACCGUCCUCCAUCUCCUCACCUGUCUUUCCGUCUUUGUUAUGGACAGGAUGGGGUGGAGUCAUGUCUCCGACGUAGCCUACCUACACACAUCCAAAACCGACUUUUAUUUAUUUUUUGACACUAACUCGGUUAUUGUUGUGAAUUUUGGUAUCAGUAAAUUUUCAGUUUAUCGCCCAGUCCUAAGACAAAGUGAAUGAAGAGUGCUGUAGGAAGGCUCUGUCUGUGUUUGAAAUGGGUAUCCAACAUAAAGCAUGAAUGAGCCCUAACGAGUAUACUCUGGUACAAGGGGGACUCUAUGUAUUUUACAACAAGUCUAUUUGUAGAGUUUGUAAGGGUGUAUAUAUGUGCCGAUACUGGCUAAAAUGAGUUUGAAAUUAUGGGCAUUUAGAUAUGGAUUUUAGUCUAAGGGACAAAAGAGGAGAAGACUAUGUCACUGGUAAGCGGUUACUCUGAGAGAGAUUAAUACAACACUAGAGAUGCACCGAUCCAUUUUUUUCCCCGAUCCAGUCCGAUACCGAAACCUGGGCUGAGCGUAUCGGCCGAUAUCCGAUACUGAUCCAAUACAACUGUUGAAUGAAUGCAUUGUAUACCUUCCCCUGUGAGGCAUUAGGCUUGACGUUAGCCUUGUUAAAAUAAGGUAACAAAUUAACACAGAUAUAAAUACUUAAUACUAUUUAUUAACAAUUAAUAGGCCUGUCGCGAUAAUCAAUAAAUCGCCUUAUCGCUCCAUUAAAAAAAACGAGGUCGAUAACUUUGCCAGCCUCGAUAAUUUACGUGCGUUUGUUUUCCUCCUCUCUCGCUACCAAACACGCUGGAUGAGAGAAGAGGUCUCACUCUGCCCAUUUUUCUCGGCACCUGGGGGCGUUGGCUCUAUAGCGGAAUGAACGGAGUUAGUGAACCCUCCUGUCAGUCAUUCAGUGUCUUUGUCACGAGGGGGCUGGCGCGCACAGGCACACAGCCUGAGGCUGUGGCUGUGUCUCAUUUCAGAGACCGCAUCGACCUAAGUGCCCUUCUGCACCGUCGAACGGUGCAUUUGAAGUGUGCAUGACGUCACGACGGUGCGAACGGUGUCCCGUUUGGCACGAGAUGCUAAAAAAUGCUAAGCGCGCUUAGCAUGUUUUCAAGCGUGCAUUUAUCCACGCUUUCGUGCCGUCGGUAUCCCAGAAUCCUUUGCGUGCCGCUGCACAGCUGCGCAUUUCAGGUGAGAGGCUGGACUCGCUUGGAGACGCAGCGCGUCUUCAAAGAAAUUACAAGCAAUCCAAAAACAGCAGACAGUCAGCUCAGGCUGUAUGAGAGCAUGAUCUCUGAACUCACUAAAAUCUGUUAACCAAACAUUAUAGAUUUAGAGACGAACUGAUCCGCUGUGUUACAACUAUCAAAAACAUUAGAAAUAAGAAAGCUGACAAAACUACAGCAGAGUAUCAGGACAACAUUGAGUUUUUUUUCUUUUAAGAUUUAGAGAUUAAAGUUGUAAAUUUAGGAGAAUAAAGUCAUAAAGUAAAUAAAGUCAUAAAGCUGCUUUUGUGGAGGGGGAAAUGACUGAAGCUGGUCAUCUGCAGGGUUAUCUGUGGAUGUAUCAGCGGGUCAUUCAGAGAGAUUUUGUGGUUUGUGAAGAAACAAUCAAACUGAUGAUGAUCAACAUUUGUGAUCCAGAGGGAGUCGAGCUCCGACGAGCACCACGUCUCUGACACCGGCCGUAGCCUACACCUGCAGAGACACCAACACCUUAUUAUGGCAUAUGGAUUCAUAUCAUAAAUUAAAGCUCAAUGUCAUUCACGGAUAUUUACGGCUGCAUUGACAGAUAUAUCCUCAGCAUAUUCAUUUCUGCCUCCACAAAAGCAGCGAUUUCCUUCAAGUACACCAGUUUUUUUCCCCGUGGAAAAGACGUAUUUCUCAUAUAUUCUUUUUUAAAGUCUUUAUACGUAUGACAAUGUGAUGCUGUUGUGCCAGAGGAUGAAGUAUCUCCUAUCCUCCUUCUCAAUAGGGCCCUCAUACUCCUUCAUACAAAACAAUCAUUGGAUUAAUUUUGUGGGAAUGAUCUGGGCUUGUAUGUAUCUACUAUUUUGUGUCUGUGCAAGGUCGCACAAUUAAAACAAUACAUGCUGCGCUCCGCAGCUUUUUCUAAUCAGUCGUGACGUAAGCCUGAGGGCGGGGACAUUUGGAGACCUUCGGAGGACUUCCUGGUGGAGUUGCCAAAUGUCCCCGCCCUCAGGCUCGCGUCACGACUGACUUAAAGGAAACCCGCGGAGCGCAGCAUUUAUUGUUUUAAUUGUGCGACCUUGCACAGACACAAAAUAGUAGAUACAUACAAGCACAAUUCAUCCAAUGAUUGUUUUGUAAGGAGUAUGAGGGCCAUAUUGAGAUUUAAGACUUUAAGGACUUCGAGAUUUAAGUCGUGAAUUUACGAGAAUAAAGUCAUUAAUUUAUGAGAAUGAAGUCAUAACCUGUUAUUUCAGAGAGACUUGUUAAAAUUAGGGCCAUGAAGCAUUUGAAGGAACUGUGCUUCAGUAUAGGUUUCACAAACAAGGAGAUUCUUCAUCCUCUGGCACAUCAGCAUAACAUUGUCAUAAGUAUAAAGACUUUAAAAAGAAUAUAUGAGAAAUACGUCUUUUCCACGGGGGAAAAAUAUUGGUGUACUUGAAGGAAAUCGCUGCUUUUGUGGAGGCAGAAAUGAAUAUGCUGAGGAUAUAUCUGUCAAUGCAGCCGUUAAUAUCCGUGAAUGACAUUGAGCUUUAGUUUAUGAUAUGAAUCCAUAUGCCGUAAUAAGGUGUUGGUGUCUCUGCAGGUGUAGGCUACGGCCGGUGUCAGAGACGUGGUGCUCGUCGGAGCUCGACUCCCUCUGGAUCACAAAUGUUGAUUAUCAUCAGUUUGAUUGUUUCUUCAGAAACCACAAAAUCUCUCUUAAUGACCCGCUGAAACAUCCACAGAUAACCCUGCAGAUGACCAACUUCAGUCAUUUCCCCCUCCGCAAAAGCAGCUUUAUGACUUUAUUUACUUUAUGACUUUAUUCUCCUAAAUUUACAACUUUAAUCUCUAAAUCUUAAAAGAAAAAAAAACCUCAAUGUUGUCCUGAUACUCUGCUGUAGUUUUGUCAGCUUUCUCAUUUCUAAUGUUUUUGAUAGUUGUAACACAGCGGAUCAGUUCGUCUCUAAAUCUAUAAUGUUUGGUUUACAGAUUUUAGUGAGUUCAGAGAUCAUGCUCUCAUACAGCCUGAGCUGACUGUCUGAUGGUUUUGGAUUGCUUGUAUUUUCUUCGAAGACGCGAUGUGUCUCAAAGCGAGUCCAGCCUCUCACCUGAAAUGCACAGCUGUGCAGCGGCACGCAAAGAAUUCUGGGAUACCGACGGCACGAAAGCGUGCAUACAUGCACGCUUGAAAACGAGGCGGGGGUAGUGUGGUUUUGAGACCGAAUUUGAAGCGCGCUUAGUAUUUUGUGCCAAACGGGACACUGUUCGUGCCGCGUGGUGACCUCACGUACGCGUCAGAUGCGCCGUUCGAUGGCUGCUGUAUCUGAAAUGGGACACAGGAAGGGCACAGAACGGCGCAAAACGGCGUAAAACGGCUCAAAACGGCAGUGCACUCAGCUAAGCGCCGUUAAGCGCGCUUAUCACGAUGCGGUCUCUGAAAUGAGACACAGCCACAGACUUUUGGAUACAGUGCUGCAAGUGAGCGUCGUGAGUGAAAAGCAAGCUAACAGAAUGAACACGACAGCUUUGGUGUCUAAACCGAACGCAACAGCCCAAGUGUGGGAAUAUUUCGGCUUUAAACCAGUUUUGUUUUCGUCAACCACAAAACUCCACGUGUGCGUGCGCGCGCGUGCGUGCGUGUGUGUCUGUGUGUUGGAGGAGCACAGCAGGCUGAUGAGAGCUGUCAGAGCGGACUGAAGCUGCUCCUAUAUGUUUAGCGUUUAACUGACUGAGUUUUGCAACUCUGUUCGUCAUUUUCGUCUCGUCCCAUCAACGUAAACGCACUUUCGUCUCGUCACAUUUUAGUAAUCUCCGACUUAUGUUUAGCUCGUCAACGUUACGUCUUCGUCGUGGGAGAAAAGGGAAAUAUUUUAGUCAACGAAAACAACCAGUGUUGUUCUCGUGUGUAAAUUAAAGUUUAUCACUUUUGACAUGGUGUACUUGCAUUAUUAUGCCAUAUAAUAUCAUUAUCUAUAAUUUAAAAAAUGGUGUCAAUAAUAUCGUUUAUCGGCCAAUAAUUUGUAGCACAAUUAUCGUCCAGCAAAAUUUGUUAUCGUGACAGGCCUAACAAUUAACAAAUUGCACAUUAGCACACAGCAAAAAGAAGUUAGACUGCCAUGUAAACAUUUAGUGCAAAAGGAUAGACAGACAUAGAAUAUAGUGUGAACAGAAUUGCUGUGUUGCUGUGUAUGAUAUUAAUUAAAAGAAAAAUAAAGACUGGAAUCGGAACACUGGACCCGAGUCAUUCAUCAAAUAUGCAAUCCAGUGAAUUUGUCAAUAUCGGAGCAUAUAUCCGAUCCUAAUAUUGGAUCGGUGCAUCCCUAAUACAAACAAAAUAUCCAAAUUAGAAACAUUUUCAAAAUGCACAAUAUUUGUUUGUCAUUUGGCCCAAGUGCUCUAUAAAACUACAUACAGUGCUCCUAGACUAUUUGAACAGAGAUGACUUAAACUAUCAAUCCAUUCUGUGGUAUUGUUAAUGUAUUAGAAAAACACACAAGCCAUUAUGAACCAAGAAAAGACAUGACAAAGCCUCAGGGAGAGAUCAUAAUCACCUUAACACCUGUUAAGGUUACCUGAGCCAAUGAGAAAAUGAGAAUGAUUUGCAGCUAAGGUCAGGGGUCAGUGACGCAUGCAUGCAAGCUUCAUUCACCACAAAUCUCUGACACACACACUUCACUCUGGUGGGAGCCUUGUUAGUGGUGAGGUGAGAAAUGAAGGCUGCUGAGUUGAGUUAAAAUUGGAUUUGUGUGUAAUUGGAUGGAGAGGAGUAACAAGAAUGAGAGACAGAGGAUCUGUCGACACCUCUCGCCUUUUCGCGAGGAUCAGUUUACUGAGAGAGAGGGCGCACACAAUUUCUGACAACAUAUCAUUAUGAAACAGCUGUGAGGAGCUGUGAUGGUCGACAGGUGAGCUGAGAGCCAGACACCAAUUUGGAGCACCAAGAGCUCAAGAGAUGUGUAACAGGAGGAGAAGAAGUGAACAAGGUGACACAAGUCAGAGUCAGUGUUAUCUGUGGCAUGUGGCAGAUCAGAGGUCUGUCAGAGAUGGUCUCUUGAAACUGUCAGGUCAAGUGGAUUAAACACAUUCUGUCCCAGCUGGGCCCAAACUCCUUAAGAUUGGUUUCUUUAUAAACAUACAGCAAACAUACAGCUGUAGAUUUACAAAUCUACAGCAGAUUUUAGUUUACAUUAAGGGUGAAAAAAGAAGCAUUCCUCUUCAAUCAACUUGGAGAGUGUUUGCUUUUUUUUUUAAGACUUGAUCUGCCACCUUUGGUACCCAGACAAUCUCAUAAUAGUUUCCUCCAUACUCUGUGAUCCUGUGUUUGGUUAUGUUUGAGAUAAUGUGUUUAAUUUUUCUGUUUAUUUUGGGUUUUCUUGUUUUAGAAUUUAAAGGGAUAUUCCGGCAUAAAAUUAAGUAGCGGUCAAACACACCGAGUUAGACACCCUGUCAAGAGAUGAAUGUUGCCAAACUCUUGCUGUCUUGUUUGCUGCUAACAGCACCUAACUUCAUCAACUGUACUUAUAGGGUCCUAGCAACAGCACUAGCCACCAAAUUUCUUUAGCAAAGAGACUAAAACACAACUCACCUAUUCUCUUCCAGCAGCCACUUGUUUGUACAGAGACCUCCAGGCGAGUUCAUCGACUGCAGCGGGGUGACGCAGCUCAAGGAAGAACAUUUAUGAUCAUUACUUCAUGGAAAUGCAAUCAGACCGAGACGCUGAGGCAGAAGGACUACCGCGUCUGCAGUGCAAAAUGAUUAAAAUGAUGAUUAUUACUUCGAGGAAAUGAUAAAGUAAUGAUCAUAUAUGUUCUUCCUUGAGCUGUGUCACCCCGCUGCAGUCGAUGGACUCGUCCGGAGGUCUCCAUACAAACAAGCGGCUGCUGGAAGAGAGUGGGUGAAUUGUGUUUAGUCUCUUUGCUAAAGGAAUCGGGCAGAGCUAAAAAGAUGUUUGGAGGCUAGUACUAUGGCUGGGACCCUAUAUGUACUGUUGAUGAAGUUAGGUGCUGUUCUGAGCAUUAUUUGUGGCUAUAGAGUGGCUUUUUGGUUGAGCGCAUGGCUCUGUGUAUGACUAUCGUGCGGUUGUUACUAAAGUUGGUAAAACUAGAGAAGCAACAUUCAUCUCUCGACGGGGUGUCUAACUCGGUGUUAGGGUGUGUUUGACCCUAAAUUAAUUUUACGCCAGAAUAUCCCUUUAAAUUUCUCAAUUUAGCAGCACCCCUUGACAUGCCUUUUGUUUAGAGCUAAUGCUGCUCUGUGUCUGUGUGCUGCUCACAGGUUCCCAGUAGUCAAUAGUUAUUCAAGUCCAGGUCUUAAAUAUUUUAUUUAAAAAAAGUCAAGCUUGAUAAGAAAUGCAGGUGACAUUUACAGCAUCUUCAAACUGCUUAAGGCUGCUGUUUAUAUUUGAAUGCUAAAUAUUAUCAACCUGAAGCUCAUUUAUUCUAUUGAAUUUCUUCCAAACUUUUACCAUUAUUAGACCAAUGAUAUUUCCGAGGAUUGAUUGUCUCAUGAUUAACUAAUUGAUUAAUUGACAAAUUGUUUCAGCACCAGUCAGAUUAGAUUGUCUGGCCCCCUGCUGUCAGUGCAGCCUGGGGAUGGUCUGGUAAUGAGCUGCCAUUAGCACCUAAUCAGACCAUUAUCCAGGCUGCAGCCUCCCUGUACUAUCCUCUGUUUGUGUGUGCCUUUGAGUGUAGGUGGACAGGGUUGACAGUGGUGCAGGUCUGUGUGUUUGUUCCAAGAGUGUGGGAGUCACCCUGUAUGUCUCAGUCAGGAGGACGAGGAGGUAUUACUACUGACGCGUGACCUUUUUUAGACCAACCUAUUAACGUCCGUACCAGGAGACUGCAGAAACCUGCAGCCACCUGUCUGCUGUGGUGAUGUAACACUCAGACCUGUUUCUCCACGAGAACUUGAAAACAGCUUUUUAUCAUCACUGUCAACACCAGACUGAACUAUUUUUAUACAAACAUUUUUAGAUGAUUGAAUUCAACAUUAGUUUUGGGGUUUCAAGUCUGAUCAGAUUUUUUUUUUUGUCAGGACAUGGGGGGAUUUUCACAGCAUGUUCAAGCAUCACUUCAUCCUUCCAACUCCCAAUUACAUGUGAUUAUGUGGUUAAAGUAAGCAGGAGAAUGCAUUUGUUCUAGUCAAGAGCUCUCAGCAGCUGUCCUGAGAGUGCAGAGCUGAGAGGAGAAAACAUUGUUCAUGCGUUAGUUUGAGAGGCUGAGUGACUGAGGGCAUGUGCCACCCACUUUUUGUCAUUUUUACGUCUUAAUCUUAAUGCCAGAGUUCAAUUAUGUAGCCUGUGGGUGGCUUCAAGGCCCCGCAGAAAUCCAAACACAGCAAGAUGAGGUGAAGUGCCUGUACUAUGUGAAAUCUGUCUACAGAGCCUGAGAGAGAGAAACAGGCAAAGCAGAGAAGGCGAUGGACUGACUGACUGACUGACUGACUGACUGCAGGGGUCUGCAAGAGAAAGAAAUACUGAUGGCGGGAUGGGGUUUGUGCAUGAAUGUAUGCAUGUUCUGUAUGUUUGUGAAUAGUAGUAAUAAUACUUGCAAGCAGGCUUCCUGCAUAAGCUUGAGCACGCUGCAGGGUGCUGACUGAGACAGUUACCAAGUAACACUGAACCGGAGAGUACAGUAGGUAUUAAUAAAAGCUCUUUGUUUUACAGCUACAACUUCCACUCAGUUGGAGUAACACAGACGGUGUUACAUAAUACAACAUUUGUGGUGAUACCCACCAUUUGGUGUAAAGUUACUUAAUAUCCUUUCUUGUGAAAAUAAUUGGAUUAGUAGAAAGAAAUGUAAGUAGAGUAGAAUUAAGAGCCCUGAGUUUAUAAGAUUAUUAAUCAUAGAGCUGCACAAAGGGUGAAGAUGCAUAUAUUAUUAUAAUGUGGCUCCAAAAAUGUGUAAUAGAGUUUGCUUUCUUGUGUGCACUGCAAAGAUAUCUUUAACUGCUGUUAGCUCCUGACUGACAUGGAAUUUUCUGCAGACACUAAUGCUCCCUGUGCAAACAUGCAUCUGUGGAGUGUAUCGAAACAGUGGAGUUAUGCUUCCCACAAGGUUUUUUGAUUGCUUGUUUCUCUGUUGUAUUUUGCAUAAAUUUAGUUUACCGACUUUAAUAUGCUAUCACUAUGAUAAACAUGGGGGCUUUAUUAGGAUGUGUAAAUAAUACAACAUGCAGCUUUUACUUUUUGCAUUUUUUAAGGAGCAUUUUUUGCUUUUAUUGGUUGGAAGAGACAAUGUGGGUAAUAGAGAAAGUUAGUAUCAUGCAGCUCGGGGGUUGUGGCUUGAAAUUGAGCCAGAAACCACUUGCGCAAAGACUUUACCCUCUGGGGUGAACACUUUGACUGCUGAGCUGUACGACGCCUCAAUAUUUACUGAAUUAAUCACUUAUUUACUCUUCUAUAUCGUUUGCACCCUACGAUCAGAUCUCAUUCUCACAGGCACUCUAUAAAGCUGGCGUGUUGGAGACACAGUGGUGGUUCUGUUGCCAAUAAAACCAAACAUGGCAGGUGUAAAGUCUUACAAAUGACAUUACUGUGCAGCUUGUUCCUACUUGAUUAGUUUUUACUAACCGGAGAAAGGAAACAGAAAAAGUGACAAGUUUCUCCAGCAGGCUGCUUCAGUGAAACUGCACUUUUCUUCCUAUUGGUGGAAUAUUCUCAUAAAAAUUAGAGUAAGACAUAAUUUACAACUGUCUGAUAUUUUACUUUCCUCUCCUUCAUCUUCAGGUUAAAGCUCUCACCCUGUUUGUGACCCAUUACCCUCCCUUGUGUGAGCUGGAGCGGGUGUAUCCUGAACAUGUGUCAAACUACCACAUGGCUUUCCUCCUCAACGACCCUGACACUGCCAUGGACACUGAUGGUGUGUGUGUGUGUUUUGACAUUAUAAGUCUGUUGGAAACUGUAUAUCUGGCUUGAGCCUUGUUAACACUCUGCAUUUGUCACUUUGCCUAACAAUAAUAAUACAGUAUCUAUGCUGUGUGUUUCUGUGUGAAUGCUGUCAGAUGGAGAAGCUCAGCCAGAGUUCAUCACCUUCCUCUACCAGUUAACUGAAGGAGCUGCAGGGAGGAGCUACGGUCUGAACGUCGCCCGACUGGCUGACAUCCCGGAGUCUAUACUGCAAACUGCUGCACGAAAAUCCAGAGAACUGGAGAGCAUCGUCAAUGCCAGGAGGUACAAGAAAGACAUAUUCACCCUGACAGAUUCUGAAAAGGGGAAUCCCUAUUUUACACCUAAAGACGAGUUUAUAUGUCCAACUUAGCGUGGGGAUCACUUGUAUUGAGCAUUUUUUAGCACUGGAGGAGUAGAGCCAGUCCUGUCACGUGGGUUAUUUGGGAUUAAGUCUUGAUUAAACUCAGUAGUUCACGACUGAACCCCUGUCUAAUAAACUGUAAAAUCAGGGCAUUUGCCUGGCAGGGAAGGUCUUCCAUGUUCUGUGUAUUUCAUGCUGGGCUGAUGUAGUACCGAUCACUGCUAGCACAUAAGUAGUGUUGUGUUGCAUGAUGGUAAAUGCAGUAUUCAGAACUUGACUCCUACUUAGGACUUACCAUGGCCUAGCUCGUCUGCCACUCCAUGUUGUUUCUCCUUCUGUCUCUCUAAAGUCCCAGUACUUUAUGGAAGUAUUACACUUAUCAUGUGGAUUAUCGCUUAAACACCAGCAUGAGUCACAAAAUAUCAGGUUUCAGUGUUUUUGCAGAGCUACUCGAACACUCUGAAGAUAUGUGUCAUGAGGAAAUAAAACUUGGAGGAGCUCAGCUGAAACUAAAUUGAAUGUUUAUUUUAGCUGCAACACUCAAAUAAAUCUAAUUUUAUAUUUUUCUGGAAAAUCAGACUGAGGCGAGAUGACUGGUCCAGAUCUGACUGAACCAGUCAUCUCCUGGAUCCCUUAACUUGUUUGGUUUUCAGAGAUGCAGAGAUGGCUUUGGAUUAGUAAUGUUUUAUCAAUCACAUGUGUUUUCUAUGUACCCGAGGGUUUAAACUGCCUACAAAGAUCAUUUUCACGCUAUAAUAAGUGAUGUUGGCUGUUUUCAGAAAAAGCUUCAGAAAAUCUUUUUCAUCAUGUCAUUCUCAGAGGCAAACUUUGAUGUAUAUAUUCUAUUACUAUUAUUUGAAUAUUUCAAGCCUUUUAGUUUGAAUUUUGAUCAUUUUACAGCUCAUGAAAGUGAUCUGCUGGACUACUGAGGUCUUGCUCUGCUCAUGGCCUCCAGCUGGUCUGUUUUAUUGUGUUUAGGUAUGUCUCAUCUUACUUUUAGGAAUAUCCCACAGAUUCUUUAUGGGCUUGAGAAGUGUCACUUUCAACGAACCACUUGAUAGUAGUUUUGACGCUGUGAGCAGGUGCUAAAUCCUGCUAUAAAAUGUGUAUCAGCAUCUUUGUACUUUGUUAAACUUCACACUGGACUUCAAACAUCUUGGAUCCCAAAACCUUGAUUCCCAAAUAAAUACACAGUUCUAUUUACAUCUGAAAAGAUGUCUUUGGACCACUGAGCAACAGUCCAGCUUGGGUGAGACGUCUUUAGGUCAGGAAAGGUAUGAUAUUAGGAUUGUGACCGUUGAUGCUCUCACUCCAGCCUCAGUCCAGUCCCUGUGAAGGUCUCUCAAGUUCUUGAAUCUGCUUUUCUUGACUAUCCUCUCAAGGGUGUUGCCAUCCCUGUUGCUUGCUCACCUUUUUCCACUGCACUUUUUCCUCCCAGUCAACUCUCCAUUAUUAUGCUUUCAUACAGCACUCUAUGAACAGCCAGUAUUUUCAGCAAUGACCUUGGAGGGUGUAAAUGACGGUCUGACCCCUGGUUGUGGUAACACAUUCUGAAAGAGGCUAAGGUGUACAUGGUGCCUGUUCUUUCUGAAUAGUGAUUAUGAAAUAUUCUUUUUGUAGGGUAUUGAUUUUACUUGUGUAUUAGCUGUAUGCCAUAGUUAUGAAAAAUAGACUUUAGAAAACACAAAUAUUUAAGGUUGCAUGAAACAAGUCUGUAAGAUAUUGUCAUUUUCUUUAUUAACUUUGAUUUCUAGGUGUAGAAAUGUAGCUAAUUGAUUUUUUUCAUGAUUAAGUGAAUGCAAAAAGUGCACACUGAUGAGAAAAGGUGAAAAAAAAUGUGUAUUUUUCAAUACUGAGUUUUUGAAUUCUAGGAUUUGCUUUGCACAGGCAGGCAGGCAGGGUUUCUCCACUUAUACUUGAGUUAGGAGAGGAAAGCUGUUAAAUUCUCAUUGUUUCACUGAGACUGUCAGAAUGUCAGAAUAAUAUGCUUUCUCCAAACAGUCUUCUGUCUCAGUAAAUAUGCUCACAGCAUUUCCUCUCCCCGUUACAGACAGCUUUCUGGGAGCUAAGUGCUGCUUAGCCUCUUCCAAAGUAAUCCUCACCAUAUGAGAUAUCUGUCAAUGCACACACACACACGCACACACACACACACACACACACACACACACACACACACACACACACACACACACACACACACACACACACAGAGCUACACCUCUCUAUCAGUGUAAUCCUUCCUAUAUGAAAUGUUUGUCCUGUGUUGGAGAGGAGCCCUGCUGAGUACAUAAGAAUCACACUCAGAGGAGUUGAGCUGCUGGUUGGAGGUUAAGAUCAGGGAUUUUGUGAUACUUUCUCAUUUCUGUGUGUGACAGAACAAUGCACUUACACUCAACACACAAUGGGCUGUGUGAUGCCAUGUAACAGAUUUAUAAACAUCACUUCUGUGUCUUCUUGUGUCCCUCUCUCUCCAGGAAGAGUAAGAAACUUCUCUCAGAUCUUUGGAGCCUCUCGGACAAAUCAUCUCUCAUGGAGUGGCAGCAGAUGAACUCUUGA